AGUCUAUCUUAAGACUUUAAAGUGAGCGGCGAAUCCGAGGCGAGAGAUCACUUGCGCGACCGUCGAGUGACCUGGGGGGCGAGAACGGCCCUGGCCCGAUAACGCCAUGGCGACUGCGAAAAUGAAAAUACUCCUUCCACUGGUCGUGUGGAUAUUAUGGCUAAACGUAACGACCGGCCAAUCCUUCGGCGGGAUCGGCUUCGGUAUCAAACGCGAGGUGUUCUUCCUCAACCUGGAGGACGGCUACUUCGGCUGUCAGGUCAACGAGUCCACCGACGUCCUGCAGCUCUUCGAAUUGUCCAAGCUCUGCGACGGCAACCCCAACUGCUUCCUCGGCUCCGACGAGCUGGCCAAAGAACUCAAGUGCACCGAUAAUUGCGCUCAAAGCGAUCACUGCCAAAAAGACGGUUGCCAUAACGGGGCCUGCUUGGACGGCCAGUGUCAUUGCAACGACGGUUACGGAGGCUGCAGUUGCGAAGUACCAGACGAAAACGAAUGUAAAUACCGACCGUGCGACGUGUUCGCCCAUUGCACCAACACAUUGGGCAGCUUCCAUUGCACGUGUUUUCCGGGUUACCAAGGCGACGGUUUCCACUGCGAAGAAUGCUGCAAUUUACCGGCGCAUUUCUACUGCAGAUGCUUACCCGGCUACGAGGGCGACGGAGAAGUACAAUGUUUAGACAUAGACGAAUGCCAAAACCCGAACGCCUGCGGUCACAACGCCCUCUGCCGGAACACGGCGGGCAACUACACGUGCGCAUGCCCGGACGGUUUCCAAGGCGAUCCUUACCAAGGCUGCUACGAUUACGACGAGUGCCAGCAACCGGGCGCGUGCGCACCCGGCGCCAUAUGUCAAAAUGUACAAGGAGGACGAGAAUGUUAUUGUCCACCAGGAUACGAUGGAAAUCCGUAUACGACAGGUUGCCUGGAUACCGACGAAUGUUCCCGAUCGAAUCCUUGCGGCAGGAACGCCCUCUGCUCGAAUUUGGACGGUAGUUUUCGAUGCACUUGUCCCGCAGGAUUCAUCGGCAAUCCUUUGACCGAAUGCACAGAUAUAGACGAAUGCCGGUCGAACCCGUGCGGCGCCAACGCCGUCUGCAAGGACACCUUCGGCAGCUUCGCCUGCACCUGCAAGGAGGACUACACGGGCGAUCCUUUCGCUGGAUGCAUCGACGUUAACAUCCUGUGCAAAUCCAACUUCGAUUGCACCAACAACGCCGAGUGCCUGGACAACCAAUGCUUCUGCCAGAAGGGCUUCGUCGCCGACAAAUCGAUUUGCGUAGACAUCGACGAGUGCCUGACGAAUCCGUGCGGACCGUUCGCGAGCUGCUCGAACACGGCCGGCGGUUUCCGGUGCGAUUGCGAGGCCGGCUACGUGGGGGCGCCGCCGGGCGUCCACUGCAAAGCGCCCUGCGACGACUGCGAUAAACUAAACGGACCGAGCGGUCGAUGCGGCGAGAACUCCGUUUGCACCAAUCUACCCGGCACGUUCGCCUGCCAGUGCAAACCCGGCUUCACCGGCAAUCCGAACACCAAAUGCGCGGACUUGGACGAAUGUUCGUCGCCCGAAAGCUGCGGCCUGGGCGCCCUUUGCGAGAACCUACCCGGCUCGUACCGAUGCGAAUGCCCCGACGGCACCGUACCCGACCCCGAUCCCAGGACCAAAUGCAACGAAAUAGUCAAAUGCAACACCGACAUCGAUUGUCCCGGCAACGCCGUGUGCGACGCCAAGAAGAGGUGUUUGUGUCAAACGCCCAACGUCGGCAACGAUUGCAGACAUCCUUGCGAAACGACGAUAUGCGGCCCGAACGAGGAAUGCAUGCUGAUCGACCAAGCGGCCCGGUGCAUCUGCAGCGCCGGCUUCACCGGCACCUCGUUCGGCUGCGCGGACAUCAACGAAUGCGCGGGCAACCCGUGCGCGCCGGGCGCCGUCUGCGAAAACCAACCGGGCUCGUUCACCUGCCAAUGUCCCGGCGGCACCGCCGGCGAUCCCUUCGCCACCGGCUGCGGCAAAACCACCAAGUCCACCGAAUGCUCCGACGCCAAUCCGUGUCCCGGCGACGAGCAGUGCGUGCUCGACGAGUACCUCGACGAGAACGUCUGCAUUUGCGUGCAGGGCUACGUGCGGAACGCAUCGACCGCGAAAUGCGAGGACAACGACGAGUGCCUGGAGCCCAGAGACAAGCCGGCGUGCGGCGCGAACGCCGUCUGCAAGAACCUGCCGGGCAGCUACGAUUGCCACUGCCCGCCCGGAUUCAACGGCAACCCGUUCUUGGAGUGCUCCGAAUGCAACAGCCCCGAUUGCCGCUGCCAGCCGCCAUACAAGCUGCACGAAGGGAACUGCGUGUUGGACAGCUGCGGGCCGGAGGGCGCGUGUCCGAAGGGAGCCGAAUGCAUCACGAUCACGGGAGGCGUGAGCUACUGCGCUUGUCCCAAAGGCUUCAGAACCCAACCGGACGGUUCGUGCAUCGACAUCGACGAAUGCUCCGACGCGCAAUCUUCCUGCGGAUUCGGCGCGCUGUGCACCAACAUCCCAGGUUCCUGGGAGUGUCAUUGUCCCAAAGGCUACACCGGCGAUCCGUACAAGGGCCACUGUUCGCCCGCUCAGAAGAAAUGCCUCCACGACAAGGAGUGCUCGGCGAACGAGAAAUGCGUGCAACCGGGCGAGUGCGUCUGCUUCCCGCCGUUCUUCGUCGAUCCGACGGACGGGAAUAAGUGCAAGAGCCCCUGCGAGCGGUUCCCGUGCGGCGUGAACGCGAAAUGCGCCGCCUCCGAUCCGCCCAAGUGCGCCUGCGAGCCGGGCUUCAAGGGCGAUCCACUGUUAGGGUGCGUAGACGUGGACGAAUGCGCCGGCGAGCCGUGCGCGUACGGCUCGCGCUGCUUGAACCUGAAAGGAGGCUACCAAUGCGUUUGUCCCAAAGGCAUGACGGGCGAUCCGUACAAAGGCGGUUGUGUUCUGGAAACGGGUACCUGGAAAUCGGAAUGUUUGCACGACGACGACUGCGCCGGCAUACUCGCUUGCAAAGACGGUACUUGCAUCAGCCCGUGCGCGACUGUUCUAUGCGGAUCCCACGCCGUUUGCGAGGCGGAACACCACAAGGCGAAGUGCGCUUGUAAAAUCGGCUACGAGAAGAACUCCAGAGGACAAUGCGUGUCGGCUUGCGCCGAUUACAUUUGCGCCCCUGGAGCCCAAUGCAUCGUCACCACGACCGGUCCUACAUGCAAAUGCCUGGACGGUUUGCUGGGCAAUCCGUUCCCUGGAGGCGAGUGCACCACGGACGUUUGCUCCAAGAACAAUCCCUGCCGGGAGCCCUAUGUAUGCAUCAACGGCAGGUGCAGGCAAAAGUGCCAGGGCCUCGAAUGCGGAGUCGGCGCCCACUGCAGCAACGCCACCAACAAAUGCGUUUGCGAUCACAUGUUCGACGGGAAUCCUUAUCUACUCUGCAUGCCCACGAUCAAAGCGCCCGAAUGCGAGCCGAGCUGCGGCAGGAACGCCCACUGCGAGUACGGCCUGUCGAACAAAUGCGCCUGCAACGCCGGCACGGUCGGCAACCCGUACGAGUCCUGCGAGAGAAUCGAGCGAAAGACCUGCGACCGGAACGCCUGCGGCCGAAACGCGCGCUGCAGGGAGACCUUCAACGGCAUCGAGUGCCUGUGCGAGCGCGGCUUCGCCGGCAACCCGUACAUCGCCUGCGAGGACAUCGACGAGUGCAACAACGGCAAGGCCUGCGGCGACAGCGCGGCCUGCAUCAACACGCCGGGCAGCUUCGAUUGCAGAUGCAAGGAGGGCUACGCCGGCAACCCGUUCGUCAUGUGCUCGCAGGUCCAAGGCGGCAUCUGCAGGGACGCCGAGAACUGCCAGUGCGGCGACAAGCUGCUCUGUCCCAACGAGUACACGUGCGAACGAGGCCAGUGCAGGAAUCUCUGCGAGAACGUCGAAUGCGGCCCGAAGGCCGCCUGCCAGUCGGGCAAGUGCGUCUGUUCGUCGGGCUACGUAGGCGACCCGGCGAAAGGGUGCCGGGCCGAUGGACAAUGCCAGUCGAACGCCGAUUGCAACGACACCGAGAUUUGCUUCCAGUUGAGCAAAGGCGCGCGAUCGUGCGUGGACGGUUGCAGCAAAGCGCAAUGCGGCCCGAACGCUUUGUGCUUGGCGCAGAACCACCGAUCGUCCUGCAUCUGCGCGCCCGGCUACAACGGCAACCCCAGCGACCUGUACGUCGGCUGUCAACUCGAAGAGCGCGUCAACCAAAAGCUGUGCUCGCGCGAUAGCGAUUGCUCGUUCGGAACGAUCUGCGCCACGGAUUCCACCGGAUUGCCGAAGUGCAUCAGCCCCUGCGAGACGGUGGCCUGCGGGCCAAACGAAAUGUGCCAAUUGGACGUCGGCGGGCGGCCGACUUGCGCCUGUAAAACCGAGUACGCGUGGAACCCGGUGAGCUCGAACUGCGAGAUACCAUCGAUACCCGAUUGUCGAUCGGACGCCGAUUGCGAGUCGAUCGAAUCCUGCCAACCGGACGCCAUCGGCGUGCUGAAGUGCACCGAAAUCUGCUCGAGUUUCACCUGCGGCGCCAACGCUGCUUGCGUGGCCGAAUCCCACCGGGCCCAGUGCAGAUGCCUCGAAGGCUAUAUCGGCAAUCCCAAGGACCGCGAAGGUUGCAAACCGAUGUUGCAGAACGAAUGCGAAUCCGACGCGCAAUGUUCCGAGCAACAAGUCUGCCGGCCACACAACGAACACAAAAUCUUAACGUGCAUACAAGCCUGCGACGAGCUCCAAUGCGGCCCCAACGCCGUUUGCAUCGCCAACAACCACGUGCCGAAGUGCCAAUGCCCGCCCGGUUCGUUCAUCGGCGAUCCGAACGACGCGCGCGUCGGUUGCAGCGAAGUGCCGUGCGUCUACAACGCCGAUUGCCCGGCGAGUCAGCUCUGCAACCGCGCCAGCCACGCUUGCGUCGACGCCUGCGACGAGGAAUCCUGCGGCGCCAACGCCGUGUGCAUAGCCGACAACCACAAAGCGACGUGCCAAUGCCCGCCCGGGACCAACCCCAACCCCGUAGCUGACGUAGAAUGCGCUAUUGUAGACGUCUGUAAACCGAACCCUUGCCAUUCCACGGCUAUCUGCAGACCGUCGCCCGGUGGGUACGCUUGCGUUUGCGCGCCGGGCACGGUGGGGGAACCGUACGCUUCGGGUUGCAAGAGAGAAGGCGCUUGUCCCAGAGGAAGCGAAGAUUGCCCGCCGAAUUCGAUAUGCAAAAACGGCAAGUGCGUCAAUCCCUGCGAAAGCGUCAAGUGCGGACCGAACAGCGCUUGCGCUCUGGACGACGGGCAGCCAAUAUGCGCUUGCCUGGCCAAAUACGUGCCUGCGCAGGACGGUUGCGUACGCAGCAUCAACUCUUGCACCGGCGACAGGGAAUGCGGCGAUGAAUUGUGCGUCGACAAUCAAUGCAGGGCCGUUUGCAGGAACGACAAGGACUGCUCGAUAGGCGAGAAGUGCUUGAGGAACAUCUGCGCCGUACCGUGCACGGAUCACAGCCAAUGCACCGGGAAUUUCGCUUGCGUCAACAACACCUGCAUCAUCGGAUGUCGCAGUAACAGAAACUGCCCGUCGGAGGAGGCCUGCGUGAACAACAAGUGCCUGGAUCCCUGCGAGAAAGCCGACACGUGCGGACCUAAUUCUGUAUGCUCAUGCGAAGAUCACAAGACGCUCUGCAAGUGCCCCGCCGGUUUCGAGGGCAACCCGACGCCCCAGCAAGGCUGCGUGAGAACUCCGACGUUGUGUCGCCGUAACGAAGAUUGCCCGGCCAGGCAGGUGUGCAGGAGAAAUCAAUGCGCGCCGAGUUGCAUCGAUAACGGCGCUUGUGCUGCAGGAGAAAUCUGCAACGACACCAUCUGCGUGAAAGUCUGCCACAACGACGGCAACUGCCUGCAAGGGGAGGUUUGCAAACAGGGAAUGUGCUUGCCCGGUUGCACGGCCGACAAAGACUGCCGCCAAUCGCAGGUCUGCGUGCAAGGCCAGUGCAAAUGUUCGGCAGGAUUUAAAGAAACCACCAGAGGAUGCGCCGAUAUAGACGAAUGCCAGAACCGGCCUUGCCAUCGCACGGCCGUUUGCAAAAACUCGCCGGGUUCCUUCUCUUGCGCUUGUCCCGAAGGUAAAGUGGGCAACCCGUCCGGAGAUCCCGGCUGUUCGCAGCCGGUGCAAUGCCGUCGCGACGCCCAAUGCGACGAUAAGCUCGUUUGCAAGAAAGGCAAAUGCGUAGAUCCGUGCGACGCUCACAAAUGCAGCAAAAACGCCGUAUGCAACGUAUUCAAACACAAAAUGACCUGCACCUGCCCGCCCAAGCACCUCGGCGAUCCCUACGACUUCAAUUUGGGCUGCUUCAGGGUGGAUUGCAUCGUUAACGAAGAUUGCUCCGACGGGGAAUUCUGCGACGGUCACUCGAACAAAUGCAUAAACACCUGCGACAUCGUGGAUUGCGGCAAAGGCACCUGCUCCAGUCGAAACCACACGGCUUUAUGCACCUGCUUGCCCGGAUACGCCUUCAACAACGACGUGUGCUUGGACAUCGACGAAUGCUCGGACUCCGAUCCCUGUCAUUCGACUGCGACUUGCGUCAAUACCGACGGGGGAUUCACCUGCGUUUGCGGCGAAGGUUUGGUCGGCGAUCCGCUGACCACCGGCUGCAGGAAACCCGGCGAUUGCUCCAGCGACGCGGAUUGCCCGCCGUCGGCGGCUUGCAUUAACAACGGCUGCAAGAAUCCCUGCGAACAACCUUCGGUGUGCGGGAUAAACGCCGAAUGUAUACCGGUCGCGCACGCGGCGAGCUGCAGAUGCCCCUCUCGCACCAAAGAAGACCCGAAUCACAAUUGCAUACCGAUAGAAUGCGCCGGCAACAACGAUUGCACCGUCGACAAAGCCUGCAUAGACUCCAAAUGCACGAAUCCUUGUGGUUUACCGAACGUUUGCGGCGAUCGAGCCUCCUGCACGCCCGUCAACCACCAAGGGUUGUGCAGCUGCGACGCCGGUACCACCGGAGAUCCUCGAUUGGGCUGCACGCCCAUACAGUACUGCGCUAAAGAAUCGCAAUGUCCCGCAGGUCUCAAAUGUUACAACGGUUUGUGUACAUCGAUGUGCACCAACACUAGAGAAUGCAUCGAGAACCAGUUGUGCAUACAGGGCAUCUGCCAGCCCACUUGCAGAUCGAACUCGACUUGCCCGGAGCACCAGUUCUGCCAGAACAACAUUUGCGUGCAAGAGCAGAAGUGCCGGUCGAACGCGGAUUGCGAGUUCGCGGAGAAAUGCUUGGCGGAUUCGGUGGGACGAUCGGAUUGCAUCGACGCCUGCGAAGGCGUCAUUUGCGGCAGGAACGCCGAGUGCACGUCGAACAACCACAAACCCACCUGCCAAUGUAAACCGGGAUACGUGGGUAACGCGAACGACGACAAAUUGGGCUGCCAGGAGAUCGAGUGCAAGGCCAACGACGAGUGCACCAACGACAAACUGUGCGAUCAACACAUGUGCAAGAUCGCCUGCUUGGUGAACAACCCCUGCGGGAGGAACACCCUUUGCUCGGCGGAGAACCACAAGCAAGUGUGCUACUGUCAACCGGGCUACACGGGAGACCCCAACAAAGGUUGCCACAUGAUCGAUUUCUGUUCGGACAAACCGUGCGGCCCGGGCGCCUCGUGCCACAACUCCCGGGGCUCCUUCCGGUGCCAGUGUCCGUUGGGCACGGUCGGCGACGCCUACAACGGCGGCUGCAACCCGCCCGUCGAGUGCAACCGGAACUCGGAUUGCCCCGCGAAGGCGAAAUGCGACAGGACCAACGGCGUGCACAAGUGCAAGGACGCCUGCGAGAACACCGCCUGCGGCGCCAACGCCGAAUGCGUCGCCAUAGACCACGCCGGUUACUGCACCUGCAGGAACGGCUAUCAAGGAAACGCUACCGUAGGGUGUACACCGCGUUUGGUCAGUUGCAAAUCGACAUCGGAUUGCCCUUCGAACACCUACUGCUACGAGGGCGUGUGCAGCCCGCCUUGCGAACAGAACGAAGACUGCCAGCCGGACGAGCAAUGCACCGAAGGCCAGUGCCUCAAUCCCUGCAAGCUCAAGAAACCCUGCGGGGUGAACGCCUUAUGCAAAACCGAGAACCACGCGAAAAUCUGCAGCUGUCCGGCGGGUUUCUCCGGCGACCAAAACGUCGAGUGUUGCAGGCUACCAGUCGCCUGCUCCAACACCUCGGAUUGCAGCGAAAACACCAAGUGCAUCGACAACAUCUGCGUGCCCCGGUGCCGCAUCGACGACGAUUGCGCCCUCAACGAGAAAUGCCUGAAGGGCAACUGCCAGCUGACCUGCCGCGUCGACAACGACUGCUUCCUCGGCCACAUAUGCGUCAACAACAUGUGCUUCUUCGGCUGCCACGGCGACGACGACUGCACCAGCAGCGAGUCCUGCAGAGCCAACAAAUGCGUGAACCCCUGCAAGGAGAAACCCUGCGGCCCCAACGCCCAAUGCUCGGUAACCAACCACCGGGCGACCUGCUCCUGUCCCAAGGGACUCGUGCCGAACCCGUCGGCGACCAUCGGUUGCACCAGAGCACCGCCGCAGGUGUGCAGGGAGAACAGAGACUGUCCGAACGGUAACGCUUGCAUCGAAAGAGGCUGCCGAUUGGUCUGCUCGUCGGACGGCAACUGCUUGAACAACGAACGCUGCGAGCCGACGAGCAACGUGUGCAAGCCGGUGUGCAGGAAAGACGACGAUUGCAAGAGCGACGAGAUCUGCGACGGCGUCGGCUGCGUCGUCGGUUGCAGGGGCGACUUCAAGUGCCGCGCCGACGAGGCUUGCGUGAACGGCAAAUGCGCCGAUUUGUGCGCCGCGCCCGACUCCUGCGGCGUCAACUCCGAAUGCGCCGUCGUCGAGCACACGAAGGUCUGCAAGUGCCCUCGUCCGCUGAUUGGGAACCCGCUGGAAGGGUGCCAACGCGAGUUGAAGAUUUGCAGCGGCAACCAAGAUUGCUUCAAAGGAACCUGCCACGGGGGAAUAUGUCACGCCAAUUGUAAAACUGACAGGAAUUGUUUGGCGGAUGAAAAGUGCGUUAGAGGUAUUUGCAAGAGAGUAUGCAAUUCGGACAACAGUUGCCCGGUGUACAACCACAUUUGUAGCAAUCGUUUAUGCGAAAUCGGUUGCAGGAGCGACGCAGCUUGUCCGCAGGACAAGACCUGCAUCGAUAACAAAUGCCAAAAUCCUUGCGAGAAGACGACAACGUGCGGCGUUUGCGCCCAAUGCCUAGUCAACAACCACGUCGCCCAAUGCAGCUGCCCGCCCAACUUCCUGGGCAACCCGUUGAAAUCGUGCGCGCAGGCGGCCAUCAAGUGCAACCCGAAAUGCGACUGCGACGAAUCGGGCGGCUACUGCACGAAACCCUGUCGCUCGGCCAUCGACUGCUCCUGCGGCGAGUCCUGCUACGACAACAAGUGCCGCAUCAGGUGCUCGGCGCAGGCCUCAUGCGCCCAGGGCCAGAUCUGCACGAACGACGUCUGCCUGCCGGGCUGCAGAUCGAACGCCGACUGUCCCGGCGAUCGAUCGUGCAACAACAAACAAUGCGAGACCAUCUGCAAGGCGAACGCCUGCGGCGCCGGCGCCCAGUGCAAGGGCAUCGAUCACCGGAAGGUGUGCCUGUGUCCCGACGGCUACCGAGGCGAUCCGCUAAAGUCCUGCAAGCCGUUCGAGUGCCGCCGCGACGACGACUGCGAGCCGACGAAGAAAUGCGGCGACGACGGCGCCUGCAGGAACCCCUGCUUGGAGGAGGGCGCCUGCGGCCUGAACGCCCAAUGUCGCGUCGCCGACAGGCAACCCCUUUGCACCUGCCCUCCCGGCUAUCUGGGCAACGCUUUAAUCGAAUGCAAACAAGGCCGCACCGACGGAUGUUCGAAGAACUCCUGCGGCGCCAACGCCAAGUGCAGGAACGACGUCGAAUGCUCCUGCGAUCCGGGCUGCGUGGGCGAUCCUUACAGAGGAUGCGUCUGCACGCAGGAAUCUGUCAAUUUGUGCGCUACUAAGUUAUGCGGAGUAGGCGCUGAGUGCAGAGUGGUGAACGGAAAGGAAGCGCAAUGUUAUUGUCCUGAUAACAAACCAUCCGGUGAUCCCACCAUAGAAUGUUCCAUAGAAAAAUCGGCGGCGGAUUGCAGGACGGAGGGCUGCGGCGAGAAUUCGGAGUGCAUCAGAGAGUACGCUUUCUUCGUGUGCAGAUGCUUGCCGGGCUAUGCAGGUACACCGGAAAAGGGAUGCCAGCGCGCCGCCGAAUGUAACAGUGACAUAGAAUGUAGCCAAGACAAAGCUUGCAUCAACUACCAAUGCGUGAACCCGUGCUCGUUGCGCGGCGCCUGCGGCCUCAACGCCACCUGCGACACCGUCACGCACCGGCCCCGGUGCUCGUGUCCCGAAUGCUAUCGCGGCGCCGCCGCCACGGCCUGCUACCCCGACGACGAUUGCCUCGGCGCCGCGCCCGGCCGCUCGCGGCGUUGCCGCAUCGACGACGAUUGCCCGGACGACAUGGCGUGCGCCGGCGGCGAGUGCACGGACCCGUGCCAGGACGCGCCGUUCGAGUGCAAAGAGAACAAAAAGUGCGAGGUGCACCGCCACCGGGCGACGUGCGUCUGCCGCAAGGGCUUCCUGGUGAACGACAGGGGCGAGAUAUCGUGCGCCGCCGACGUGGUGGAGUGCCGCUCGGACGAGCAAUGCCCGGCGGCGGAGGCGUGCCGGGACGGCGCCUGCAGGAGCCCGUGCUCGGAGGGCGCUUGCCCGCCGGAGAAGAGGUGCGAGGUGGUCGAGCGCAAGGCGGUGUGCCUCUGCUUGGAGGACUGCACGCCGUCGCUGUCCAUCUGCCUGAGGGACAACGGUUGUCCGACGGAUAAGGCCUGCAGGGCGUUCAGGUGCGAGGAUCCGUGCGCGUGGGCGAAUUGCGCCGACGGCGCGCCGUGUUUCGUCGAGGAACACAAGCCCGUGUGCCAGUCGUGCCCGAGCGGAUUUAAAUCCGACGCCAAAUUCGGAUGCGUCAAAGAUGUGCAAUGUCGAUCGCACACCGACUGUCCCGCUCACCUGGCCUGCAUCAACCGAAAAUGCCACAACCCCUGCGCCCUGUCCAACCCCUGCACGCAGUCGCACGACUGCAAAGUCGAAGACCACCAACCCGUUUGCGUCAAAGUGUGCCAAUGCCAGAAGCACGAGGACUGCGGAAAUUCGAACUACCAAUGCGACGGGUGUCUGUGCAUACCAAGUGAACCGAGAGUGCCUUCGUGUCCUCAUUGCCCGCCCGGAAUCGGCUGUGAUCCUUUGACUGGGGCCUGCUACGAAGAUAUGGUUACAACACCAGAAACACUAACAGAAACACAAUAUGUGACAUUUUCACAAAUAACAAACGCUACUACUACCUCUACUACCACUCUAACAUUUAGCAAUGGAACAGAAACGACGACGGAAAUUCCUAGUUGGUCAAUCGAACCGAGAACAUUGCCGGAUUUACCGGAUAUACCGGAUACAACGAGAUAUUUCGAUGGGGGAACCACCAAAGAAAGUGCUAUGGAAGGUGUGGUGACUACGCAAUUUACUACUGAAAAAUUGGAAACGGAAACUGCGACUUUGAGUACUGUUUUUGGACGAAAUCAAACUGAUUCUACGAUGGAAUUCAGUACGAAGUUCGUCACAGAUUCCGGUGGAUUCACGGAAAUGAGUACUAAAGAAGCGGUUACUGAAGGUUCUUCAACUGAAGAAGGUGGUGCAACAACGAAACAAACAUCGACAGAAGAAUCAACGAUUUUUAUAGGAACUACUGUGAAUGAAACUGAACUAACUACAGAAUAUUCUAACUUUACAACGACAGCAGAAGAAAGUACUUCAAUGGAAACCGAUGUGGUUACAAAGGUAGUCUCCACUGAAAGUACCUCAACUGGCGGCAUUUCUGAAUUUACUACCGAAUAUACGACUAAACAGGUUACUACUGAGAGUACAACUUUCCCAAGUGAAGAAAAUUACACUUCACAGAUUACGACAGAAGAAGCACCAGCAGAAACAUCGACAAUACAAUCUACAACUGGAAAAGGUCAAACUUCUACAGAAAUUGAAAGUACUACUGAAUAUACGACUAAACAGGCUACAACUGUAGGUACGACAUUACCUCAUGGUAGUACAACAGAAGAAAUUCAAACUUCUCAAACCACAACGGAGCAAUCAACAGAAGGAUCUACAAUUUCUUUCACAACUGUACAAGGAAGAACUUCUACAGAGUUUAAUGUUACUUCGGAAUAUACGACUGUAGGUACAACAUUACCAAGUGGUAGUACAACAGAGGAAAUUCACACAACGUCUCAAGUUACAACGAAAGAGACAUCUACAGAAGAAUCAAUGAUUCCUUCAACAACUACAGUAGGAAUAACUUCGACAGAAAAUCAAUUUACUUCUGAAUUUACUACUGAAUAUACAACUAAACAGGCUACUACUGAAGGUACAACGUUACCAUAUGAGAGUACAACAGAAGAAAUUCCCACAACAAUUCAAAGUACAACGAAAGAAGGAUCGACAGAAGGAUCAACAAUUCCUUCAACCACUACUGAAGGAAUAACCUCGACAGAAACUGAAUUUACUUCUGAAUAUACAACGAAACAGGCUACUACUGAAGGUACAACAUUGCCAUAUGAGAGUACAACAGAAGAAAUUCACACAACAAUUCAAAGUACAACGGAAGAAGGAUCAACAGAAGGAUCGACAGAAGGAUCAACAAUUCCUUCAACCACUACUGAAGGAAUAACCUCGACAGAAACGGAAUUUACUUCUGAAUAUACAACGAAAAAGGCUACUACUGAAGGUACAACAUUGCCAUAUGAGAGUACAACGGAAGAAAUGUAUACAACAUUACAAAGUACAACGAAAGAGGGAUCAACAGGUGGAUCAACAAUUCCUUCAACAACUACCGAAGGAAUAACGUCGACAGAAACGGAAUUUACUUCUGAAUAUACAACGAAACAACCUACUACUGAGUAUACAACAUUACCAUAUGAGAGUACAACAGAAGAAGUUUAUAUAACAACUCAAGUUACAACGAAAGAGGGAUCAUCAGAAGGAUCAACAAUUCCUUCAACAACUACAGAAGGAAUAACAUCUACAGAAAUCGAAUUUACUACUGAAAGUACAACAUAUGAGAGUUCAACAGAAGAAAUUAAAACAACAACUCAAGUUACAACGAAAGAGGGAUCAACAGAAGGAUCAAGAAUCCCAUCUACAACUGCUGAAGGAAUUACUUCGACAGAAUUCGAAAUUACUACUGAAUAUACAACGAAACAACCUACUACUGAGUAUACAACAUUACCAUAUGAGAGUACAACAGAAGAAAUUCACACAACAUCUCAAGUUACAACUAAAGAAGUAUCAACUGAAGAACCAACAAUUCCUUCUACAACUGCAGAGGGAAUAACCUCGACAGAAAUCGAAUUUACUACUGAAUUCACGACAAAACAAGCUAGUACUGAAGGUACGACUUUGGUAACUGGUAGUGUAAUUACAGAAGAACCUGAAAUAACAUCCAUACUGACAACUAAACAAGUAGCUACAACAAUCCCAACAACAACUGGAGCAGAAACUACAUCGAAGGAAUAUGAAUCCACAACAGAACGUGUUAUUAGUGAAGGUACAACUCUUGCAGGUGGUAGUACAACUGAAGAAACUCAAACAACAUCUCAAAUUACAACACUUACACACUCAACUGAAACCGAAAGUACAACGAAAAAAUUCGAAACAACCUCACAAUUUACUUUCGAAACAGAAUUGAGUACGAAACCAGUAUUUACAGAGACUACUACUAUGCUUACAGCCAUAGUAACUGGUACUACUGCUCAAACAACAACGAAAGAAUCAUCAACGGAAACUUCUACCACUGUUCCAAGUGAAAGUACAACACAAGAAAUUGAGUUAACUACAGAAUUUACCACAACACAAGCUGAUACUGGUGGUACUUCUGAAAAACCGGACUUAACUACUCAACAAUUUUCAACUGCGGGAUUAACUGAGGGUGCUGAAACUGGUAAAACUACAGAAGAAAUCGAAACCACCACGACACAAGAAUAUACAACUAGAUUCAUCGAAUCCACAACGAAACUUAUACCAACUGAAGAAUCAACGAUUUCUACAGCUACAACGACACAAUCCACCUACCAAGAGCCUAUAGAAGUCGAUUUUACAAAGUCAGAAGAAACCCCAAUGCAACAGACUACAACAUCGACUUACGAAUCAUUGGAGCCCAGAACUCUGCCGGAGGAACCUUCUACCGAAGGAAUCGCCCACGUGUACCCGAUCACUACUACCACUCAGAAAUACAUCACCGUUACCCCCGAAUACGUAACCAACACGGAAUCUAAAGACCAACGUGCUGAAACAACGUCUCUUCCAGUAACCACAUCAACGCAAAGUUCGCCUGAAACUACAACAGGAACAACAACAACAACAACAGCAACAAUAGAAUCCAGAACUCUCCCAGAAGAGGAACAACCUGAUAUUUCCACUGAAGGGAAGGUGUUGAUUUAUCCGGUAACGACGAGUACUCAGAAAUACGUGACAGUUACACCCGAGUAUCCUGGUUCAACGGAAAUUCACGAUGGUACUACACCCGAAGUUACGGUUGGUACGGUGAUGGUCCAGAAGAUGACCACAGUAGGUCUCGAUCAGAGAGCACAAACAGAACAAACCACAUUAAGCACGCAAACUACCGAAUAUAGUACGGAAAAAACGACCAGCGAAAGUACUACAUUAGGAACUGAAGUUACUACAGAAUUUACAGGAACAACUGGAGUAAUUACAGAAAGUACUACACUAGGAGUGAAAACAACUGGAUUUGAAACUACGCAGUUUGCAACAGAAAGUACUACCGAAGAACAAACUGCUGCUUCUACAAAAUUGGUUCAAGAGGAAAGUACAACAUUUAGUCCUAUUACAACAGAACAAACGACUAGUGCAGUGGAAGCUACUACAUCAGAAAUUAGUACACAAGGAAUUCCUGGUGAAUAUUCUACUGAAAAAGAAACUGAAAUGACAACUGAGUUAACGACAGAAGGUUUCACUGAAGCAGGGCUUAUUACAGAAACUGCAACCACAGAAACACCUGAAUUUAGUACUGAGAAAGUAACUGAAGAAAUAACAACAUUUGAACCAACUACAAAACAAUAUUCUACAGAAGGAAUAACUGAAAUAACUGAAUUAACGACAGAAAGUUCUACUGAAGGAGGAACUGUUACAGAAACUGUAACAACAGGAACACCUGCAUUUAGUACUCAGAAAGUUACUGAAGAAAUUACAACUCUAGUACCAACAACAGAACAACAGUCUACCGAAGGAUUUACUGAAAUAACGACUGAAUUAACAACAGAAGGUUCUACUGAAGGAGGAAUUGUUACAGAAGCUGUAACCACAGGAAUACCUGAAUUUAGGACUCAGAAAGUUACUGAAUUAACAACAGAAGGUUCUACUGAAGGAGGAAUUGUUACAGAAGCUGUAACCACAGGAAUACCUGAAUUUAGGACUCAGAAAGUUACUGAAGAAAUUACAACUCUAGUACCAACAACAGAACAACAGUCUACCGAAGGAUUCACUGAAAUAACGACUGAAUUAACAACAGAAGGUUCUACUGAAGGAGGAAUUGUUACAGAAGCUGUAACCACAGGAAUACCUGAAUUUAGGACUCAGAAAGUUACUGAAUUAACAACAGAAGGUUCUACUGAAGGAGGAAUUGUUACAGAAGCUGUAACCACAGGAAUACCUGAAUUUAGGACUCAGAAAGUUACUGAAGAAAUUACAACUCUAGUACCAACAACAGAACAACAGUCUACCGAAGGAUUCACUGAAAUAACGACUGAAAUAACAACAGAAGGUUCUACUGAAGGAGGAAUUGUUACAGAAGCUGUUACCACGGAAACAUCUGAAAUUAGUACUCAAAAAAUUACUAAAGAAAGUACAACUCUAGUACCAACAACAGAACAACUGUCUACCGAAGGAUUUACUGAAAUAACGUCUGAAUUAACAACAGAAGGUUCUACUGAAGCAGGAUUUACUACUGAAUAUAAAACAGCAGGAACUACUGAAUUUACUAGUCAGAAAGUUACCGAAGAAACAACAACUUUUGUACCUAGUACUAGACAAUAUUCUACUGAAGGACUAACUGAACAGACAACAGAAUUACUGACAGAAGGUACUACUGAACCAGAACUUACUACUGAAUAUAAAACAGCAGGAACUACUGAAUUUACGAGUCAGAAAGUUACCGAAGAAACAACAACUUUUGUACCUACUACCAGACAAUAUUCUACUGAAGGACUGACUGAAAAAACUGAAUUCACUGAAAAGACAACUCAAUUAAUGACAGAGGGUACUACUGAACCAGGACUAAGUACUGAAUAUAAAACAGCAGGAACUACUGAAUUUACUAGUCAGAAAGUUCCUGAAGAAACAACAACUUUUGUACCUAUUACUAGACAAUAUUCUACUGAAGGAUUAACUGAACAGACAACUGAAUUACUGACAGAAGGUUCUACUGAACCAGGACUUAGUACUGAAUAUACAACAGGAACUACUAAAUUUACUAGUCAGACACUUACUGAAGAAACAACAACUUUUGUACCUAUUACUAGAAAAUAUUCUACUCAAGGACUCACUGAACAGACAACUGAAUUAACCGAAAAGACAACUGAACUAAUGACAGAAGGUACUACUGAAACAGGACUUACUACUGAACAUAAAACAGUAGGAACUACUGAAUUUACUAGUCAGAAAAUUACCGAAGAAACAACAACUUUUGUACCUAGUACUAGACAAUAUUCUACUGAAGGACUAACUGAACAGACAACAGAAUUACUGACAGAAGGUACUACUGAACCAGGACUUACUACUGAAUAUAAAACAGCAGGAACUACUGAAUUUACUAGUCAGAAAGUUACCGAAGAAACAACAACUUUUGUACCUACUACCAGACAAUAUUCUACUGAAGGACUGACUGAAAAAACUGAAUUCACUGAAAAGACAACUCAAUUAAUGACAGAAGGUACUACUGAACCAGGACUAAGUACUGAAUAUAAAACAGCAGGAACUACUGAAUUUACUAGUCAGAAAGUUCCUGAAGAAACAACAACUUUUGUACCUAUUACUAGACAAUAUUCUACUGAAGGAUUAACUGAACAGACAACUGAAUUACUGACAGAAGGUUCUACUGAACCAGGACUUAGUACUGAAUAUACAACAGGAACUACUAAAUUUACUAGUCAGACACUUACUGAAGAAACAACAACUUUUGUACCUAUUACUAGAAAAUAUUCUACUCAAGGACUCACUGAACAGACAACUGAAUUAACCGAAAAGACAACUGAACUAAUGACAGAAGGUACUACUGAAACAGGACUUACUACUGAACAUAAAACAGUAGGAACUACUGAAUUUACUAGUCAGAAAAUUACCGAAGAAACAACAACUUUUGUACCUACUACCAGACAAUAUUCUACUGAAGGAAUAACUGAACAAACAACUCGACUAAUAACAGAAGGUUCUACUGACGCCGGACUUAUUACCGAAUCGGUUAUGACAAAAACUACAGAGUUCAGUACUCGAAAUGUUACUGAAGAAAUUACAACUCUUAUGCCUACAACAGAACAAUAUUCUACUGAAAUAUCGACUGAAAAGACAACUGAAUUAAUGACAGAAACUUCUACUGAACCAGGACUUACUACAGAGUAUAAAAGUACAGAAACUACUGAAUAUAGCACUCAGAAAGUUACUGAAGGAGUAACACAAACGACAACAGAAUUUACUGAAAAAACAACCGAAGUAAUGAGGGAAAGUUCUACUGAAUAUAAAGCAACUGGAACCACAGAAUUUAGUACAGAGAAAGUUACGGACGAAUCAACUGAAAACACAACUAAAUUAAUGACAGAAACUUCUACUAAAUCAGAAGCUACUACUGAAUAUAGUACCCAAAGUCCCACUGAAGAAAUGACAAUGGUCCCGAUUACAAAACAACAAUUACCAACAGAAUCGUUAAUUCAAAACACAACCGAACCAACCGCAGGAACCACAAGAAUCUCUGAAGUUACUACACCUACUGCUACUGCAGAAACUGCCACAUUCGAAUCCACUACCAAGCAAUUAAUUACAACUGAAUUUGUACCGAAAAGUACUACCGAACAACGAACUGAAGAAACAUCUACUUACAUUCCAACUUCAAUUUCUACUGAAAUAACCACAGAAGAACAAGAAACCUCACAAACUACUGAAUCUAGUACCCCAGUUUCAACCGAAGCAUCUACUGCCACUCCAUUAGAAACCUCUAGUACUACAGAAGUACAAAGUACAGUUUAUGAAUCUACUACGUCAACUACUGCUGAAGCAACUUCAGAAAAAAUAGGCACUGUUACUGAAUCAGAAACUUCCAGUACCUCAGAAGCACAAAGUACUGCAUUCGAAUCUACUACAUUAACUAUUGCUGAAGGAACUACAGAAAAAAUAGGCACUGUUACUGAAUCAGAAACUACCAGUACCUCAGAAUUACAAAGUACUGCUUUCGAAUCUACCACGUCAACUAGUGCUGAAGCAACUACAGAAAAAAUAGAAACUAUUACUGAAUCAGAAACUUCUAGUACCUUAGAAGCAAAAAGUACUGCAUUCGAAUCUACUACAUUAACUAUUGCUGAAGGAACUACAGAAAAAAUAGGCACUGUUACUGAAUCAGAAACUACCAGUACCUCAGAAUUACAAAGUACUGCUUUCGAAUCUACCACGUCAACUAGUGCUGAAGCAACUACAGAAAAAAUGGGCACUGUUACUGAAUCAGAAACUUCCAGUACCUCAGAAGUACAAAGUACUUUGUUUGAAUCUACUACUUCAAUUACUGCUGAAGGAACUACAGAAAAAAUAGAAACUGUUACUGGAUCAGAAACUUCCAGUACCUCAGAAGAACAAAGCACCACAAAUCCACCAACCUCCACCGAAUUACCAACUCAACCACCUUCAAAAGAAAGCACUUACCCGACUACCGAAUACCCCACCACUUUAACCCCAGAAAACGAAACGACAAUCGAAAGUAGAGAAGGCGAUUUCGAUAUCACCACAGAACCCGCCGACAUCGGCACCACCUUACCUUCAAUCUCUAUAAACAACAUCACCGCGCAGCCGGGCGAAUGUUGCGAGAACAUCGAUUGCUCGGAGGUAGAGGUAUGUAAAGGCAAAAGGUGCCUGCACGUGUGCUCACUAGGAGGUGCCUGCGCCCCGAACGCGCUGUGCACGGCCCUCAAUCGCACGGCCUCGUGCUCUUGUCCUACCGGCUAUAUCGGAGAUCCCACCAGGAUGUGCUACAAAGAACGACCGAACGCUCCGAAAUCAUGCAAGUCAGACACGGACUGUCUCGAUUCCGAGGCUUGUUACAUGUCGGAAUGCCGCGAUCCCUGCCAUUUUACGCGAGCCUGUGCUCGAACAGCUCGAUGCCAGACCAAAAUGCACAGGCCCAUUUGUAUGUGCCCAGCGGGUUACGAGGGAAAUCCCGCCACUAAUUGCUACAAAUCAUCCGCAACCGGUUGCUCGAGCGACGAUGAAUGCCCGAUCAGCGACGCCUGCAUAGACGGCGCCUGCCAGAAACCCUGCGACUUUAGGAACCCCUGCGCCGCGAACGCCCUCUGCAUCAACGCGAACCACGGAUGCGACUGCAGCUGCAUCGAAGGCUUCGCCGGCAACGGCUUCGUCGAAUGCCAGCCAGCGCCUGCCAAGCAAGUGUGCCAAUACAACGAAGACUGUCCGCCGAACAAGCUCUGCGAUCGCCUGAACCGGCUCUGCAUCAACCCCUGCUCGGAGGACUCGUGCGGCGAGAACGCCGAAUGCGUGCCCGUCAACCACGGCAUCGAAUGCCGCUGCCUGCCGGGCUACGAUUCGGGCAAUCCCUACACCGAAUGCUACGCCGUGACGGGCUGCCGCGGCGACGGCGAGUGCGCCUCGUACGAGGCCUGCAUCAACGGCGCCUGCGCGUCGCCCUGCAAGUGCGGCGCCAACGCCGUCUGCGACGUCAUCUACCACGUGCCGACCUGCAAAUGCCCGCCCGGCUACCGAGGCGACGCUACGAUCGAAUGCCGCCCGUCGGGGAGUCCCUGCGAGCCGAACCCGUGCGGCGUCAACGCCCUCUGCGAACUCGACAACGGCAAUCCCAUAUGUUUCUGUCCCAAAGGACUCACCGGGAACCCAUUCAAAAAUUGCAUACCCGAAGGAGACGAAUGCUCGCCGAAUCCGUGCGGACCGAAUUCCGGUUGUCGAGUAGUCGGAGGCAACGCGGUUUGCUUCUGCCUGCCGGAAUACGAAGGAACGCCGCCGCACGUGCCCUGCUCGCUGCCCGCCCAUCCCUGCGAGCCGUCGCCCUGCGGCCCGAACACCCAGUGCGCCGUGCUGGCGAACGGCUUCGCCAAGUGCACGUGCCUGCCCGGCUUCCUCGAGAGCCCCAACACGAUCCGCGGUUGCGUCGAGGCGAGGAACCCGUGCGAACCGAAUCCUUGCGGUCUGGGCGCCCGAUGCGAUCCCCUUCGCGAACCGAUCUGCUUCUGUCCGCCGGGCACCGGCGGCAAUCCCUUCAGGCAUUGCGCCGAGCACAAGAUCACGUUGCUGUGCAGUCCGGGUCCGUGCGGCGCCAACGCCGAUUGCUACGUCGCCGACAACGAGGAGCGGUGUUUCUGUCGCUCGGGAUACGUCGGGGACGCUUAUACCGGAUGUAGAUUGCAACCGGCGACGCCUUGCUCGCCGAAUCCUUGCGGUCCUGGAGCGCAUUGCGUCGUAUCGCCCGACGGACAACCGCUGUGCCAAUGUCCCGAAGGCUACGGAGGCGAUCCGGCGGGACCCGGCGGUUGCCACGGUUACGAAUGCGUCGUCGACGAAAAUUGCCGGGAUAAUCAAGCGUGCAUCGGUUAUCGGUGCAAGGAUCCCUGUCCGGGAUCGUGCGGAGCGAACGCGCACUGUAAAGUCGAAAGGCACCAUCCGGUGUGUUCCUGUUUGUACGGUUUCAUAGGAAAUCCUGUUAUAAGAUGUUUCGCGUUGCCUGUACCGGCGCCCGAAGGAGACGCCUGCUAUCCGAGUCCUUGCGGUAUAAACACCAUCUGCCAGAACGCGAACGGUAGAGCGAUUUGUUCGUGCUUGCCCGAUUUCCAAGGCGAUCCGCAAUUGGGUUGCGUGCCCGAAUGCGUGUUGAAUUCUGAUUGUCCAAUUAACAAAGCUUGCCUAAACCGACACUGUUUGGAUCCUUGCGCUACUGGUAAUCUAUGCGGCGUCAACGCCUUGUGUCAAGUAAGAGACCACACGGCCACUUGCGUGUGUCCGGAGAAUUGCAUGGGCGAUCCGUUCUUCCAAUGCAUCCCCACGCCCGCUGUGAAUAUACCGAGCUAUCCUAACGUAACGGUGCUGCCGUGCGUACCGUCGCCGUGCGGCGAUAUGGAAUGCAGCGUAUACGGUACUGAAAUAGCCGUUUGCGAUCCGUGUUUGGGACCCGAGGCGCCGUGGAACCCGCAAUGUCGACCGGAAUGCUUAACGAACGCCGAUUGCCCGUUCAACACGGCCUGCUUAGGAAACUCUUGCAUCGAUCCGUGUCCGGGAAGUUGCGGCGUAAACGCUUUGUGCUCCGUCAUCCAACACACGCCGAUUUGUCACUGUCCCGAUGGUUUGGUCGGCGAUCCGUUCCAACACUGUUCAAUACCAAUAGGUCCGGUAAUCGAAGAGACGACGUGCCAGUCGAUCCCGUGCGGCGAAAACGCCGAAUGCAAACGCGCCAAAAACGCCUUGACUUGCGCGUGCAAGCCGGGUUUCUACGGCAACCCGUUGAUCGCCUGCCGGCCCGAAUGCGUCGUCAACCCCGACUGUCUCCUGAACAAGGCCUGCAUCAACAACAAGUGCGUCGAUCCGUGCGCCGGCGUCUGCGGCGUCGGCGCCCGCUGCGACGUCCGCAACCACAUACCGAUCUGCUCGUGCCCGGCCGGCCUGGCCGGCGAUCCGUUCGUCAGCUGCUACGAGUACGCGCGCCCGCAGCCCGGCCCGAAUCCGUGCGAUCCGUCGCCGUGCGGCCCGUUCAGCCGGUGCCUGGUGUCGCGCCAGGGCUUCGCCACCUGCUCGUGCCUGCCGGACUACGCGGGCGUGCCGCCGAUUUGCAAGCCGCAGUGCGUCGUCACGUCGGAGUGCCGGCAAACCGAAGCGUGCGUCAACCGGAAGUGCGUGGAUCCGUGCGCUGGCACCUGCGGCGCCGGCGCGCUCUGCACCGUCGUCAACCACAAUCCGAUUUGUAGCUGCCCGCCGGGGCAACAGGGCGAUCCGUUUUUGGGCUGUUACACGCCGCCGGUGACCGAGGAGCCGAAGCGGCCGCACGCGAACCCGUGCGAUCCGUCGCCUUGCGGUCCGAAUUCCAUUUGUCACGUGAAGGAAAACCGGCCGGUUUGUUCGUGCAGGGCCGACUACGUAGGCAGCCCGCCGUUCUGUCGACCCGAGUGCACCAUGAGCCAGGAAUGCCCGCGAGAUAAGGCUUGCGUCAGAGAGAAAUGCGUCGAUCCUUGCAUCGAAUUGUGCGGUAGAAACGCCAAAUGCGAUGUCAUCAACCACAAUCCGUUCUGCAGCUGCAAAACCGGCUUCGAAGGCGACGCUUUCAUCGGUUGCACCAAAACGCCGAUUAUAAUCCGACCGAUCGAUCCCUGUAAUCCAUCUCCGUGCGCCGAAAACUCCCAAUGUACCGUGCAAGACGGCUUGGCCAGGUGCACGUGCAUCCCUCCCUACGUGGGCAACCCGUACGUGGGCGGUUGCAGACCCGAAUGCACGAUGAACUCCGAAUGCGCCAGCCACUUGGCCUGUCUGUCGCAGCACUGCCGGGAUCCCUGUCGAGGUCUCUGCGGCUUGAACGCCGAAUGUAGCGUGGUCAACCACGUGCCGGUGUGCGUGUGCGGUCGCGGUCUGAUCGGAGAUCCGUUCACGGCGUGUCGCGCGCAACCGCUGCAACCGGUCGAUCCGUGCGAACCGUCGCCGUGCGGCGCCAAUUCGGUGUGCCGCGUGCGAAACGAACAGGCCGUAUGCUCCUGCCAGAUCGGGUACUUCGGUGCGCCGCCCGCGUGCCGGCCGGAGUGCUUGGUCACGUCGGAGUGCUCGUUGGACAAGGCUUGCAUCAACCAGAAGUGCCAGGACCCGUGCCAAGGCACCUGCGGCAUCGCGGCCAGAUGUCAAGUGCACAAUCACAACCCGAUUUGUAGCUUCAAACCGAAACCGCCUAUAAACGCUUGCGUACCGUCCCCGUGCGGGCCUAACGCCGAAUGUCGCACCAUCGACAACCGAGCAGUGUGCACCUGUCUACCGGACAUGUACGGUCUACCGCCGAACUGCCGACCGGAGUGCCUCAUCGAUCAGGAUUGCCCGCUCAACCUGGCCUGCGUCGGCCAGAAGUGCAAGGACCCCUGUACGGGUGCCUGCGGCUUCAACGCCCAAUGCAACGUCGUCAAUCACCGUCCGAUCUGCAGCUGCCUGCCCGGCUUCGAAGGCGAUCCGUUCUCCGGUUGCGUCGCGGAAACCGUCGUAGUGGAACCGAGAUACCCUUGUAAUCCUUCCCCGUGCGGCUCGAACGCCGUUUGUACCGAACGGAACGGCGCCGGCGCUUGCGCCUGCGUGCCCGGUUACCACGGAGACCCGUACACCGGCUGUAGGCCGGAGUGCGUCUCCAACAACGAUUGUCCCCACGAUAAGUCCUGCCUCGGCAUGAAAUGCCGGAACCCCUGCAGCGGAAACUGCGGCAUCAACGCCGAAUGCACCGUGAUCAAUCACAAUCCGCAAUGCUAUUGCCUGCAAGGCUACACCGGCAACGCUCUUGUCCAUUGCAAUGUCAUACCUCCACUUAUCGAGGACCACAGGAAGUCCCAUCCGUGCGUGCCAUCGCCUUGCGGGGCGUACAGUACGUGUCGCGUCCAUAACGAUUUGCCCGUUUGUGCUUGUUUGGAAGGUUGCAUAAAUGCCCCGCCGCUUUGUAGACCCGAAUGCAUGGUUAAUUCCGAGUGUCCUUCGGAUAGAGCCUGCGUGAACAUGCGGUGCGUGGAUCCUUGUCCGGGCACUUGCGGCUUUAACGCGCUCUGCAAAACCGUCUUGCACAGUCCCAUAUGCAGCUGUCCGAGAAACUUCGCCGGAGAUCCUUUCAGCCGGUGUUUCAAGGAAGAAAAACCUCCCCGACCGGUGAUAACGAAUCCUUGCGUACCGACUCCUUGCGGGUUGUACUCCGAUUGUAGAGUGUCGAACGAACGAGCGGUUUGCUCGUGUUUGCCCGAUUACUACGGCCAACCGCCGAAUUGUAGACCUCAAUGUACGGUGAACAGCCAAUGUCCGUCGGCUCGAGCUUGCGUCAACCAAAGAUGCGUGGAUCCUUGUCCGGGAAGUUGCGGCGUCAACGCCGAAUGUCGAGUGGUCAAUCACUCGCCGCAAUGUUAUUGCGGCGGCUCCUUCACCGGCGAUCCCUUCUCCAUAUGCCACGAAUACGUGCCGAUUAUCGAGGAACCCGCCCACCCGUGCAACCCGUCGCCGUGCGGCGCCAACGCCCUGUGCAAAGAACUGAAUGGCGCUGGUUCUUGCGCCUGUUUGCCCGACUACUUCGGCGACCCUUACACCGGUUGCCGGCCGCAGUGCGUCACCAAUUCGGAUUGCUCGAAGGACAAGUCGUGCGUGAACAACAAGUGCAAGGACCCGUGUCCGGGUACUUGCGGAAUCAACGCCGAAUGCCAAGUCAACAACCACUUGCCCAAUUGCUAUUGUCUCGUGGGUUACGUUGGAGAUCCAUUCAGAGGUUGCCAUUUCGAACCGGCUCCAAGUAAGGACGCUACUAACACUAACUCGAUUCGAAUACACGCGGUGAAUUCUUCCUAUGCAGCUCCGAGACCGGCACCCUUAGAACCUUGUACGCCUUCACCGUGCGGCCCCAACUCUCAAUGUCGCGUCGUGAACGAUCACGCCGUGUGUUCCUGCUUGAAGGACCACAUCGGUUCGCCGCCUCGCUGUAGACCGGAAUGCGUCGUCAGCACCGAUUGCAACCAAGACGCGACCUGCAUCAACCAGAAAUGCCGCGAUCCCUGUCCCGGAACGUGCGGAUUAAACGCCCGCUGUCACGUCGUCAACCACAACCCGAUUUGCAGCUGCCCGGCCGGUCUGACCGGCGAUCCCUUCGUCAGGUGCAUCAAAGAAGAAAAACCCGAACCGACCGGCACGCCGUGCGUGCCGACGCCCUGCGGUCCCAACUCCCAAUGCCGGGCGAUAGGAACCCAGGCCGUUUGUUCUUGCCUGCCGAAUUACGUGGGCAGAUCGCCCAACUGUCGGCCGGAGUGUUCGAUCAACUCCGAAUGCCCCGGCAACCUGGCGUGCAUCAACGAAAGGUGCAAGGACCCGUGCGCCGGUUCGUGCGGGUUCUACGCCGUUUGCACGACGGUGAACCACUCGCCCAAUUGCCGAUGCGACGCCGGAUACACCGGCGAUCCGUUCGCCGGGUGUACGCCCGUCGUCGAGGUGAUCGAAGAGACGCGGACUCCUUGCAGUCCGAGUCCUUGCGGCGCUAACGCUGUGUGCAGGGAGCAAAACGGCGCGGGUUCCUGCGCCUGUCUGCCGGAAUACGUCGGGGAUCCGUACAGCGGCUGCAGGCCGGAGUGCGUCACGAACAUAGAUUGUCCGAGGAACAAGGCUUGUUUGGCGAGUAAAUGCAAGGAUCCUUGCGUGGGGACUUGCGGGAUUAACGCCGAAUGCGUGGUGGCCAACCACGCUCCUUCGUGUUUCUGUUUGGAUGGUUACACUGGGAACCCGACGACCUCUUGUCACUUAACACCGAUUGAAGUACCGAGAAUUGAACCGUGUAAUCCAUCGCCUUGCGGACCUUACAGUCAAUGUAGGGUUGUAAAUAAUCACGCGGUGUGUUCUUGCCAAGAACAUUGCACCGGAUCCCCGCCUACUUGUAGACCCGAAUGUAUGGUUAGCGCCGAUUGUUCGUCGGACAAAACUUGCAUCAACCAGAGAUGCAAGGACCCCUGUCCCGGAACGUGCGGAUUGAACGCCCGCUGUCAAGUCAUCAACCACAAUCCCAUCUGUAGUUGUCCUUCGGGUUACGUAGGAGAUCCUUUCACCAGGUGCAUAGUGGAAGAAAAACCUCCCAUCGUACAUCCGCCGGAAGAUCCGUGCGUACCGUCGCCCUGCGGCCCGAAUUCCCAAUGCAGGAACGUCAACAACAGCCCGGCGUGUUCGUGCCUCGUCGGCUACGUCGGCCGCUCGCCCAACUGCCGGCCGGAAUGCGUCAUCAACGCCGAUUGCUCGGGCAAUUUGGCGUGCCAAAACGAGAAGUGCAUCGAUCCCUGUCCGGGGUCGUGCGGCUCGAACACCGAAUGCACCGUCGUCAACCACAGGCCCGUUUGUAGCUGCAAAAUCGGCCAAACCGGCGAUCCUUUCACCGGCUGUCACCCGCUACCUAUUGUACGACCGACGGAAGAGCCUCGAAAUCCCUGCAAUCCGUCGCCUUGCGGCGCCAACGCGGAAUGCAGGCAACACAACGGAGCUGGAUCUUGCGCUUGUCUACCGGAGUAUCUAGGUGAUCCUUAUACCGGUUGUAGACCCGAAUGCGUCACCAACACCGAUUGCCAAAGCGACAGGGCUUGUGUAAACAACAAAUGCAAAGAUCCCUGUCCGGGUACUUGCGGAAUAAACGCCGAAUGCCACGUGGUCAAUCACUCGCCGUCCUGCUCUUGUUUGCCCGGCUUCACCGGCAACCCGUUGACCUCCUGCCGACAACCGCCACCUAUCGAAUUGCCGAGGUUCCCUUGCCAGCCCUCGCCCUGCGGUCCCUACAGCGAAUGCAGGGAAAUCAACGGGCACGCCGUGUGCUCGUGCCAGGCGAAUUACGUGGGCACGCCGCCCACGUGCCGGCCCGAGUGCAUGGUGAGCUCGGAGUGCGCCCAAAACAAGGCGUGCCUGAACCAGAAAUGCAAAGAUCCCUGUCCCGGCACCUGCGGGAUAAACGGCCUCUGUCAGGUGAUAAACCACAAUCCGAUUUGUAGUUGCCCUCCCGACUAUACCGGAGAUCCUUUCGUUAGAUGUAUCUUAGAAGAAAAAAAAAUCGAAAUACCGAGCGGUAAUCCUUGCAUUCCGACACCUUGCGGUCCGAAUUCGCAAUGUAGACAAAUUAACUCCCAACCGGUUUGCUCUUGCCUGCCGAACUACAUCGGCAGAGCGCCGAAUUGCCGGCCCGAAUGCCUCAUAAACGCCGAAUGUCCCGGAAACCUAGCGUGCCAAAACGAAAAGUGCACGGACCCGUGUCGAGGGUCCUGCGGAUCCUACACCACGUGCACCACCGUCAAACACACCCCGAUCUGCCAGUGCGCCGAAGGCUACACGGGCGAUCCUUUCAAGGGUUGCGCGUUCCUACCUCCCACGCCCGUUACAGAAUCCCCCCGAAACCCCUGCAACCCGUCCCCUUGCGGAGCCAACGCCGUGUGCAAAGAACGCCACGGCGCCGGCUCCUGCUCCUGCCUGCCCGAAUACCACGGCGAUCCCUACACCGGCUGCCGGCCGGAGUGCAUCACGAACACCGAUUGCGACCGCAGCAGGGCCUGCGUCAACAACAAAUGCAUCGAUCCGUGCACGGGCACCUGCGGCAUCAACGCCGAAUGCAGGGUGAUCAAUCACGUGCCGAGCUGUUCCUGCAUCGUCGGCUACACCGGCGAUCCCGGAUACCGGUGCAAUCUGAUCGAACCCGGUGAGAUUCUCUCGAGUCGGAUGGCGAUUUGUUCGUUGGCUUACUUAAUUGCGAUUUCCCCCGUAGUGAUCGAGGAACGUCCGGAACCCUGCCAGCCGUCCCCUUGCGGGCCGCACAGCCAAUGCAGGGAGGUGAACGGGCACGCCGUGUGUUCUUGCAUACAGGGCUACGCCGGUUCGCCGCCCAUGUGCCGGCCGGAGUGCGUCGGCAGCUCGGAAUGCUCCCAAGACAAGGCUUGCGUUAACCAGAAAUGCGUGGAUCCCUGUCCGGGCACCUGCGGCUCGAACGCCCAAUGCAGGGUCGUCACCCACAAUCCCAUUUGCGUGUGUUCCCCCGGCCACACGGGAGACCCUUUCACCGUUUGCUCCAGAAUACAGCUACCUCCCGCGAAACCCGAAAACCCUUGCGUGCCGUCGCCGUGCGGGCCGAAUUCCCAAUGUAGAAUCUCCGGCGAGCAACCGGCUUGCUCGUGCUUGCCCAACUUUAUCGGCCGCCCGCCCAAUUGCCGCCCGGAAUGCAUAAACGACCUAGAAUGUCCCAAUAAUCUGGCGUGCAGAAACGAAAGAUGCACGAAUCCCUGCCAAGGCCAUUGCGGUAUAAACGCCCAAUGCACGGUUGUCUCGCACGCUCCCGUUUGCUCUUGCCUGCCUGGAUACCAAGGAGACCCUAGCACCUCUUGUACUUUACCUCCGUUGACAACCGAAAGAUCUCCGCCGCCUACACCAUGCUCGCCAUCACCAUGCGGUCCUAACGCUGAAUGCCGAGAACGAAACAACGCGGGCGCCUGCGCGUGCCUGCCCGGCUUCCACGGCGAUCCGUACCACAGCGACGGUUGUCGCAGAGAGUGCGAAACCAACGACGAUUGCAAAUCGCACCUGGCCUGCGUCGGCUACAAAUGCCUGGACCCGUGCGCCGGCACGUGCGGCGUAUCGGCCGAAUGCAAAGUCUCCGAUCACAUACCGACGUGCUCGUGUCCGCCCGGCUUCACCGGCGACGCUUUCUUCCAAUGCCGCGAGGUGGCGGUCGAGCGGGCGGACGAGCGCCCGUGCGCGCCCUCGCCCUGCGGCCCCAACAGCCAAUGCAGGGAGGUGAACAAGCAGGCCGUGUGCUCGUGCUUGCCGAAUUACGUGGGCAGCCCGCCCGGCUGUCGGCCGGAGUGCAUCGUCAGCUCGGAGUGCUCGUUGGACAAGGCUUGUGUCAACCAAAAGUGCGCCGAUCCUUGUCCGAAUACCUGCGGAUUGGGCGCCCAGUGCACCACGAAGAACCACAAUCCUAUUUGCGCCUGUCCGCCCGGCUACACCGGCGAUCCCUUCUUGAGAUGUUCACCGCAACCUAUCGAGGAAUCGACCACGGAACGUCCGCCGUCUUGUCACCCGACGCCCUGCGGACCGAAUUCGCAAUGUAGAAUCGUAGGCGACAGUCCAACUUGCUCGUGUCUACCCGAUUUCCUCGGAUCACCUCCGAACUGCCGACCGGAAUGCAUCCUGAACAGCGAUUGCGAAUCACAGAGCGCUUGUAUCAAUCAAAAGUGCACGGAUCCUUGUCCCGGCUCGUGCGGAUACAACGGACAAUGCCACGUGAUUAACCAUUUGCCGAUUUGCACGUGCUUGGAAGGCCACACGGGCGAUCCGUUCACCCAAUGCGAUCCGAUUCCCAUCGAAACGGAGAGACCCAGACCGGUGGAUCCGUGCAAUCCAUCGCCAUGCGGACCCAACGCUCAAUGCAACAACGGAAUUUGUACUUGCCUACCCGAAUACAGAGGAAACCCUUACGAAUCCUGCCGACCCGAAUGCGUCAUCAGCACGGAAUGUUCCAGAGACAGGGCUUGCAUCGGACAGAAAUGCCGAGAUCCUUGUCCCGGCACGUGCGGUCAAAACGCCAGAUGCGACGUCAUCAACCACAUACCGGUUUGUUCUUGUCCCGACACGCUCACCGGCGACCCGUUCACCUACUGCAGAGCCAUCGAACAACCGCCGCAUCCUCUGACGGACCCAUGCAAUCCGUCGCCUUGCGGACCGAACAGCCAAUGCAAGAACAUCGACGACCACGCCGUGUGCUCGUGCAUCCAAGGGUACCAAGGCAGCCCGCCGUCCUGCCGGCCGGAGUGCAUAGUCAGCGCCGAGUGUCCGCCGCGACGCGCCUGCGUCAACCAGAAGUGCAUCGAUCCGUGUCCGGGCUCGUGCGGCCUGAACGCCGCCUGCGAGGUGCGCAACUACAGCCCGAUAUGCAGCUGCAGGGACGGCUACACCGGCGAUCCGUUCCAGAGUUGCCGGGUGAUCGUCGAGGAGAAACCGAAGACGACCGCCGAUCCGUGCGUGCCGUCGCCCUGCGGACCCAACAGCGUUUGCAGGGUGUCCGGCGACAGCCCGUCCUGCUCGUGCGUGCGGGGAUACGUCGGCGCGCCGCCCAACUGCCGACCCGAAUGCGUCAUUAACCCGGAUUGCCCAAGCUCUCAAGCUUGCAUCAACAACAAGUGCAAAGAUCCAUGUCCAGGAAGUUGUGGUUCCGAUGCGGAAUGUACGGUGAUAUCCCACACGGUUUCCUGUACUUGCGCUUCGGGUUACACCGGCAAUCCCUUCGUUCAAUGCAUUCCCAAGCCGGAGGAGAAGCCGAAUCCGUGCGAACCGUCGCCGUGCGGUUCUAACGCGGAGUGUCGCCAGCGCAACGGGGCCGGUUCAUGCGUGUGCAUCCAAGAUUACUACGGUAACCCGUACGAAGGCUGCAAGCCGGAGUGCGUGCUGAGCUCCGAUUGUCCCACGAACAGAGCCUGCAUCAGAAAUAAAUGCGCCGAUCCGUGCCCGGGCAUUUGCGGCCAGAACGCCGAAUGCUCCGUAAUGAAUCACCUGCCGCUGUGCAAUUGCAUCGAAGGCUACUCCGGCGAUCCGUUUACCGUCUGCCAGUUGACGCCACAGCCUCGACCGGAACCGAAGAAUCCUUGCGAUCCUACCCCGUGCGGACCGUACAGCCAAUGUCGCGUGGUCAACGACCAACCGGUUUGCUCGUGCUUGCCCGAAUACACCGGCUCGCCGCCGAAUUGCAAGCCCGAAUGCGUCGUCAGCUCGGAAUGCCCGCACGACCGCGCCUGUCACAAGUUCAAAUGCGCGAAUCCGUGCAGCGGCGCGUGCGGCAUCGCCGCCAAUUGCCUGGUGAUCAACCACAAUCCGAUUUGCAGCUGCAAGGCCGGCUUCACCGGCGAUCCGUUCACCAGGUGCCGCGAAAUACCGCCGGCGCCGCCGAAGCCGCGUCCCGUCGACAGUCCCUGUCUGCUGAACCCCUGCGGCCCGAAUUCGCAUUGCAGAGAGAUCAACAACCAAGCCGUAUGCGGCUGCCUGCCGAACUACGUCGGUGCGCCGCCGAAUUGCCGGCCGGAGUGCGUCGUCAACACCGAUUGCCCGUCGAACGCGGCUUGCAUCACCGAGAAGUGCCGCGACCCGUGCGCCGGCUCGUGCGGCUUCAACGCCGAAUGCAGAGUGCAAAACCACAUACCGAUCUGCAGCUGUCUGGCCGGCUACACCGGCGACUCGUUCUCCGAGUGCGCGCGAAUCGAAACGCCCAAAACGCCGAUACCGCAGGACCCGUGUUAUCCGAAUCCCUGCGGCCAGAACGCCAAGUGCGAGCGAGGCGUUUGCUCGUGCCUGCCGCUGUACCAAGGAGAUCCCUACUUGAAUUGCCGACCGGAAUGCACCAUGAACUCGGACUGCUCGCCGAGGAAGGCCUGCAGCAAUCUUAGAUGCGUCGAUCCGUGUCCGGGCACCUGCGGACAGGGCGCCGUCUGCGAUAUCGUCAACCACAUACCGACCUGCGGCUGUCCGGCGGGCCACGAAGGCGAUCCCUUCGUCGCCUGUCGCCCGAAGAAGAUCGCGCCGCCCGUCAAUCCGUGCCAGCCGAGCCCGUGCGGCCCGAACAGCGUGUGCCGAGUGAACAACGGCGUCGCCGUGUGCUCCUGCCAGCCGGGUUUGACCGGCUCGCCGCCGUCCUGCCGGCCCGAAUGCGUCGUCAGCGCCGAAUGCCCGCUCACGCAGGCCUGCUUGAACCAGAAAUGCGUGGAUCCGUGCCCCGGCACAUGCGGCAUCAACGCCCUGUGCCAAGUCGUCAACCACAACCCGAUAUGCAGCUGCGUACGAGGCCACGCCGGCGAUCCGUUCGUGCGGUGCUUCCCAGAACCGACCGAGAAGAAACCGCCGGUGAAUCCGUGCGAUCCGAGUCCGUGCGGUCCGAAUUCCGCUUGUCUGAUACGCGGCGAGUCGCCGGCUUGUUCGUGCGCGCCCAAUUACGUGGGUCAGCCGCCCAACUGCCGGCCCGAGUGUACGAUAAAUCCGGAGUGCGGUAGCGCGUUGGCGUGCGUGAAUCAAAAGUGUCGCGAUCCGUGUCCGGGCAGUUGCGGCUCGAACGCCCUCUGCGCCGUCGUCAAUCACAAUCCGACCUGCAGCUGUUCGCCCGGAUACACCGGUGACCCGUUCAGAGGAUGCUCGCCAACACCAGCUUCGCCCCGCUACCCCGCGCCGAAAAUCGCUGUAACCCAAACGAACCAAAUUCCAGCCGUGAGCAUCCCGCUGGAGCAAACGGACCCGUGCUCGCCGUCGCCGUGCGGCGCCAACGCCGUCUGCGAGGCGCGCCGCGGCGCCGGCGCCUGCGCCUGCCUGCCCGACCAUCUCGGCGACCCCUACCAGGGCUGCAGGCCGGCGUGCAUCCGCAACUCCGACUGCCCGCCGACCAGGAGCUGCGCGGCGAGCAAAUGCGUCGAUCCGUGUCCCGGCGCAUGCGGCUCGAACGCCCUCUGCCAGGUGGUCAACCACUCGCCCAGCUGCGUGUGCCUGCCGGCGUUCACCGGCAACCCGUUCGCCUAUUGCGCGCCCUUCGAAGAACCUCCACGAAUUGCCGUGAUAACGGAUCCCUGCCGGCCGUCGCCGUGCGGUGCGAACAGCCAAUGUAAAGAAGUCAACCGGCAGGCGGUGUGCUCGUGCUUGCCGAGCUUCGUCGGCACGCCGCCGGGUUGCCGGCCCGAAUGUUUGCAGAGCUCGGAGUGUCCUUUGAACAAGGCUUGUUUGAACCAGAAAUGCGCCGAUCCUUGCCCGGGUACCUGCGGCUUGAACGCCGAUUGUCACAUUACCAACCACAGUCCGAUUUGUAGCUGCCGCGGCGGCUACACCGGCGAUCCUUUCAUCAGGUGUCACCCCCAGCCGCAAAUUCCAGCGGUAGUAGAACGCGUUAAUCCUUGCGCUCCGUCGCCGUGCGGGCCUAAUUCCCAAUGUCACGAACACAACGGUCUGCCCUCGUGCUCCUGUCUGCCGGAGUUCGUGGGCAUGCCGCCGAAUUGCCGGCCCGAAUGCACGAUAAACGCCGAUUGCCCCAGCAAUUCGGCUUGCAUGCGAAUGAAAUGCGCCGAUCCCUGUCCCGGUUCCUGCGGAUUGAACGCCAUCUGCAGCGUAUUCAACCACAAUGCCGUGUGCACCUGUCCCGUCGAGAUGACGGGCGAUCCUUUCAGGAACUGUUACCCCAAACCGAUCGAAGUUGCGCCCGCCGUGGAAGAUGAUCCUUGCAGGCCGUCUCCUUGCGGAGCCAACGCUGUUUGUAACGAAGGAAAGUGCGCUUGUAUCCCGGAAUAUCACGGGGAUCCCUACAGGAGCUGUCGACCCGAAUGCGUACUGAACCAGGAUUGUCCCAGCGAUCGAUCGUGCAGUAGAAAUAAAUGCAUCGAUCCGUGCGCCGGUACUUGUUCGUCUACCGCCGUGUGCCAGGUGGUUCACCACAUUCCCAUGUGCAGUUGCCCCGCGGGGUACACUGGAAACGCGUUUAUUUCCUGCAGGAUUUUAGAACCCAUCGCGAUUAAGAACCCCUGUAACCCGUCACCUUGCGGUCCGAACAGCCAAUGCAGAGAAGUUAAUUCGCAAGGGGUGUGCUCUUGUCUGCCGGGUUACAUAGGCAGCCCGCCCGUCUGUAGACCCGAAUGCGUAUCCAGCUCGGAAUGCUCCCUCACCCAAGCUUGCGUCAACCAGAAAUGCAUCGAUCCCUGCCCGGGAACGUGCGGUCUACGCGCCAUCUGCCAAGUCAUCAACCACAAUCCCGUGUGCGCCUGUCCCGGCGAUCUCGAAGGCGACCCGUUCACCAGAUGCACCCCCAAACCUCCAGAACCAGUGGAGACGAUCGACCCGUGCAGACCGUCGCCCUGCGGCUUGAAUUCCGAAUGCAGAGACGCCAACGGCUCGCCGGCCUGCUCUUGCCUGCCGGGCUACCUCGGUGCCCCGCCGAACUGCCGGCCGGAAUGCACCAGCAACAGCGAAUGCUCCAAUCAAUUGGCUUGCAUCAAUAGGAAAUGCGCCGAUCCUUGCGCCGGAAUGUGCGGCUCGAACGCCGAAUGUAGGGUGAUCAGCCACACUCCCAUUUGCGUCUGCGAGAACGGCUACGCGGGAGACGCGUUCAUAUCGUGCCAUCCGGUAGUGGAAAGGCCCGCGGAGAACGUGUCGCCUUGCGUGCCGUCGCCUUGCGGAGCGAACGCCGAGUGUAGGGUGAGGAACAACGCCGGAUCUUGCAGUUGCGCGUCGGAUUACGUCGGGAAUCCGUACGAGGGUUGCAGACCCGAAUGCAGCUUGAACACCGAUUGCGCUCCGAACAGGGCGUGCGUGAACAACAAAUGCAAGGAUCCUUGUCCCGGUACUUGCGGCCAGAACGCCUUGUGUCAAGUCAUCAACCAUUUGCCUUCGUGCAAUUGCUUGCAAGGUUACACGGGUGAUGCGUUCAAAUUUUGCGACGUACAACCUACGGAAAGUACGAUUGAGGUAAACGGAAACCCGUGCCGGCCUUCGCCUUGCGGUCCCUACAGCCAAUGUAAGGAAGUGAACGAUCAGGCUGUGUGUUCGUGCCUUCAGAAUUAUGUCGGAAGUCCGCCGGCUUGCCGGCCGGAAUGUUCGAUGAGCGCGGAAUGUCCGCAAAACAAGGCUUGCAUCAACCAAAAAUGCUCGGAUCCCUGUCCCGGUUCCUGCGGCUUGAACGCCAAUUGCCAAGUCAUCAAUCACAGCCCCAUUUGCAGUUGCAAACGAGGCUACAACGGGGAUCCUUUCGCGCGAUGUCUUCCCAUACCACCUCCUCCGGUGAACGUGCCGGUCACGCCGGUCAGAGAUCCCUGCGUGCCGACUCCCUGCGGUCCGAAUUCGGUGUGCCUCAAUUCCGGCGGUUUUCCCGCGUGCUCGUGCUUGCCCGAUUACACGGGAAGUCCGCCGAAUUGCCGGCCGGAAUGUUCCAACAACUUCGAAUGCGCCAGCAAUCUGGCGUGCAUGAGACAGAAAUGCGCCGAUCCUUGUCCGGGAUCAUGCGGAGUUCAGGCUACUUGCACCGUGAACAAUCACACUCCCGUGUGCGCUUGUAACGAAGGCUACACCGGAGAUCCGUUCGCUUAUUGUCAAAUACAAGUAAUAACACCGGCUGUAGUGGAGGAUCCUUGCAAUCCGUCACCUUGCGGUGCCAACGCCCGAUGCAACGAAGGACUAUGUACUUGCAUAGAGGAUUACCACGGUGAUCCCUACCGCGGUUGUAGACCCGAAUGCGUUUUGAACACCGAUUGCCCGAAGGAUAAAGCCUGCUUACGUUCGAAAUGUGUCGAUCCCUGCGUCAACACCUGCGGCCAGAACGCCGAAUGCAGCGUGAUAAAUCACAUACCGACUUGCACUUGCCUCAAAGGAUUUGUAGGAAACGCGUUUAUAUCGUGCAGUCCCGUUCCUCCGGAAGUUCCGAAGAAUCCCUGCCAGCCGACUCCUUGCGGCUCGAACAGCCGAUGCAGGGAGGUGAACGGGCAAGCGGUGUGCUCUUGCGUGCCGGGAUUCACAGGCAGCCCGCCCGCUUGUCGACCGGAGUGCGUCGGUUCCAGCGAAUGUCCUUUGAACCGGGCCUGCGUCAACCAAAAGUGCGUCGAUCCAUGUCCCGGUGCUUGCGGCUUGAACACGCAAUGCCACACGGUCAACCACAAUCCGAUAUGUUCCUGCAACGAUGGAUACGACGGGGAUCCUUUCCUCAGAUGCGUGCCGGUGGCUGUCGUGGAACUAGUUCGAAUAGAUCCUUGCAAUCCGUCGCCUUGCGGACCGAAUUCGCAAUGUAGAGAAAUCAACGAUUCCCCGUCUUGUUCGUGCUUGCAGGAGUUUGUAGGAACCCCGCCGAAUUGCCGGCCGGAGUGCGUUAGUAACUCCGAAUGUCCGGCUCAUCUGGCUUGUAUCAAUCAGAAAUGCAGGAAUCCAUGCGACGCGGGAAUAUGCGGACAAAACGCCGAUUGCAGGGUCAUCAGCCACACGCCCAACUGCGUUUGCGUGAACAAUUUCGUCGGUAAUCCGUUCGUUCUUUGUCAGCCGCCACAGCUACCGCAAAUCCUGGAGAAAAUCAGCCCGUGUUCGCCGUCGCCUUGCGGAGCGAACGCGCAAUGUCGCGAGCACAACAACGCCGGUUCGUGCAGCUGUUUGCCCGAUUUCGUCGGUAACCCGUACGAAGGGUGCCGACCCGAAUGCUCAUUGAACUCCGAUUGUCCUUCUAACGAGGCUUGCAUAAACAACAAAUGUAAAGAUCCCUGUCCGGGAACGUGCGGACAAAACACCAACUGCCAAGUCAUCAAUCAUCUACCAUCCUGCACCUGUUUGGAAGGAUACACGGGAGAUCCUUUCAGAUACUGCCACGUUUUCAUUGUAGAUCCUGUAACAGAGAAACCUUCGAAUCCUUGCCAUCCAUCGCCCUGCGGUCCUAACAGCCAAUGCAAGGUAGUCAACCAACAAGCAGUAUGUUCUUGCUUGGCUAAUUACAUCGGUAGCCCGCCCGGCUGUCGACCCGAAUGCACGGUGAGCGCGGAAUGUCCGCAAAACAAGGCUUGCAUCAACCAGAAAUGCUCGGAUCCUUGCCCCGGAACCUGCGGUUUGAACACCGAUUGUCACGUGAUCAAUCACAGUCCCAUUUGCAGCUGCGUCUUGCGAUUCACCGGCGACCCGUUCAUGCGAUGCUACGAAAUACCUCCACAACCGGCCGUUCAAAUUCCGGAACCCGUUAGGAACCCGUGCGUGCCGUCGCCUUGCGGUCCGAACAGCCAGUGCAAAGAUCUAGGCACCACUCCUUCUUGUUCUUGCUUGGCUAAUUAUAUCGGUAGCCCGCCGAAUUGUAGACCGGAAUGUACGAUCAACUCGGAAUGCUCGAGUAACUUAGCUUGCAUCAACCAAAGAUGCAAGGAUCCUUGUCCCGGAUCCUGCGGCGCUUUGGCCGUUUGCAACGUGAUCAACCACACGCCGAGUUGCUCUUGUCCUGAGGGUUACACCGGCGAUCCGUUCAGUUAUUGCCAGUUGAAACCUCCGGAAAAACAACCGGUGGAAAUCGAUCCGUGUAAUCCAUCGCCUUGCGGACCUAACGCGCGGUGCGAUAACGGUUUGUGCACUUGCCUCGACGACUACCGAGGCGAUCCAUACAUAGAAUGCAGACCGGAAUGCGUUCUGAACAACGAUUGCAGCAGAAACAAGGCUUGCUUGAGGAACAAAUGCGUCGAUCCGUGUCCCGGUACUUGCGGCCAAAACGCCGAAUGCAGCGUGAUCAAUCACAUACCGAUUUGCAGCUGCUCGGUCGGCUAUCAAGGCAACGCCUUCGUCCUUUGCUCGAAAAGGCCCGCACCUCAAAUAGUGAAUCCUUGUUCCCCGUCGCCUUGCGGACCCAACAGCCAAUGCAGGGAGAUAAAUAACCAAGCGGUUUGCUCGUGCGUACCCGGAUACAUAGGAUCCCCUCCGUCCUGCCGGCCCGAAUGCGUCUCCAGCUCCGAAUGCCCUCUAAACGAGGCCUGCGUGAACCAGAAAUGCAUCGACCCGUGCCCCGGCACCUGCGGCAUCAAUUCCCUCUGCCAAGUCGUCAACCACAACCCCAUUUGCAGUUGCCGAGUAUCCUACACCGGCGACCCGUUCAUCAGAUGCCUGCCCAUAAGAAUCGAACCCGUCGAAGAGCCGCAUCCUUGCAAUCCUUCGCCUUGCGGACCGAAUUCGCAAUGCAAGGAAACCGGCGGCGCUCCCUCUUGCUCGUGCUUGCCCGAAUACCGCGGCGCCCCGCCGAACUGCCGGCCCGAGUGCACCAGCAACUCGGACUGCGCCGGUCACUUGGCGUGCAUCAAUCUAAAGUGCAAGGAUCCGUGCGACGGAGCGUGCGGCUUCAACGCCGAAUGCAGGACGAUCAGCCACUCGCCCAAUUGCGUUUGCUCGCCCGGCUACGUCGGCGAUCCCUUCGUCAAUUGCGCCCCACCACCACCCGUGAUAGUGGAACUAGUGCGACCUUGUAGCCCGAGUCCUUGCGGCCCUAACGCCGUUUGUACCGAGCGCAACGGCGCCGGCUCAUGCGCCUGUUUGCCCGACUACGUUGGCAAUCCUUACGAAGGAUGCAGGCCGGAGUGCGUCCUCAACUCCGACUGUCCCUCGCACCGGGCUUGCAUGCAAGCCAAGUGCAGGGAUCCCUGUCCCGGUACGUGCGGCCAGAACGCCGUUUGCCAAGUGGUCAACCAUCUGCCGUCUUGUACUUGCCUGCCCGGUUACAACGGGGACCCGUUCAGAUUUUGUACUAUCGUCGUUGAAAAGCCAAUUGAAGAGCGUAAGAAUCCUUGCCAGCCGAGUCCUUGCGGUCCGAAUAGUCAGUGUAAGGAGGUGAACAAACAGGCGGUGUGUUCUUGUUUGGUUUCUUACAUAGGAAGCCCGCCGAAUUGCAGACCCGAAUGCACCAUAUCGUCAGAAUGCGCGCGAAAUAGGGCUUGUAUAAACCAGAAAUGCGGCGAUCCUUGUCCCGGAUCGUGCGGAUUAAACACCAAAUGCGAAGUAAUCAACCACAGCCCGAUUUGUAGUUGCGUUGUAGGUUACACAGGAGAUCCGUUCUUGAGGUGUUACCCAGUACCCCCUCCACCACCGGAACCAGUUCAACCCGUUCAAGUAGACCCGUGCUAUCCGAGCCCUUGCGGCGCGAAUUCCGAAUGUAGAGCGGUAGCGCAACAAGCCGUGUGCGUCUGCCUGCCGAACUAUCGAGGCCAGCCGCCCAACUGUCGACCCGAAUGCACCGUCAACUCCGAUUGCUCGUCGAAUUUAGCUUGCAUCAACCAGAGAUGCGUCGAUCCGUGUCCGGGAAGUUGCGGUAUAACCGCCGUAUGCACCGUUCGAACGCACACCCCCAUCUGCGAAUGUCCGGCCAAGUACACGGGCGACGCGUUCGUCGAAUGCGUACCGCAGAAAAUCGUACCGGCGACGGUGGAUAAAUGCAACCCGUCGCCGUGCGGUAAGAAUACGGCGUGUUCGGACGGUACGUGCGCUUGCCUUCCGGAGUACCGGGGCGAUCCCUAUCACUUCGACGGCUGUCGGCCGGAGUGCGUGUUGAAUUCGGAUUGCCCGCGAGACAGGACGUGCAUCAGGAACAAGUGCAAGGACCCGUGCGCGGGUACUUGCGGCCAGAACGCCGAGUGCACGGUGAUCAAUCACAUACCAACAUGCGCUUGUACUAGAGGAUACGCCGGUAACGCGUUCGUAUUGUGCAAUAAAAUACCAGACGAGGCUCCUAAACACCCGUGCAGCCCGACGCCUUGCGGUCCCAACAGCCAAUGUAGAGAGGUGAAUGGUCAAGCGGUGUGCUCUUGCGUGCCGGGUUUCUUGGGCUCCCCGCCCGCGUGUCGACCGGAGUGCGUCACCAGCACGGAAUGUCCGCUUAAUCGAGCGUGCGUCAACCAGAAAUGCAUCGAUCCCUGUCCCGGAACCUGCGGCAUCAAUUCCCUUUGCCAAGUGGUCAACCACAAUCCGAUUUGUAGAUGCCAAGAUAAAUAUUCGGGAGAUCCGUUCGUGCGAUGUUUACCCAUACCGGAACCGGUGGUAACUGUAAAUCCUUGCCAACCGACGCCCUGCGGUCCGAAUUCCCAAUGCAGGCCCAUCAACGAUUCCCCGUCGUGUUCGUGCCUGCCGGAAUUCAUCGGAUCGCCGCCGAAUUGCCGGCCGGAAUGCGUGAGCAACACCGAAUGCUCCAAUCAACUGGCUUGCAUCAAUCGAAAAUGCGCCGAUCCUUGCCCUGGCACCUGCGGCUCGAACGCCGAAUGCAGAGUAGUCAGCCACACUCCCAAUUGCGUCUGUUUACCCGGUUACACCGGCGAUUCCUUCUCCUCCUGUUCACCUAUCAUACAACUCCCCAUCGAACGACCCACUCCGUGUCUACCGUCGCCUUGCGGGGCUAACGCGGAGUGCACUGAAAGGAACGGAGCCGGCGCUUGUAAAUGUCUGCCCGAUUACAUUGGAGAUCCUUACGGCGGUUGCAGGCCGGAGUGCACCCGCAACUCCGAUUGCCCUUCAAACAAAGCGUGCGUGAACAGUAGAUGCGUGGAUCCCUGUCCGGGAGCCUGCGGAAACAACGCCAUCUGCCAGAUCGUUAAUCACUUAGCGUCUUGUAAUUGUCUAACCGGUUACACGGGCGAUCCUUGGAGACAUUGUAGAAUCGUCGAAGAAAUUGUAAUCGAGCACGUUAAUCCUUGCCAACCGUCGCCUUGCGGUCCAAACAGUCAAUGUAAAGAAGUGAACGAACAAGCCGUGUGUUCUUGUCUACCGGAGUACAUAGGAAGUCCUCCGGGUUGUAGACCUGAAUGCACUAUAAGUACCGAAUGUCCAUCCGAUAAAGCUUGUAUAAAUCGCAAAUGCGCGGACCCUUGUCCGGGCACUUGCGGCAUCAACGCCAAUUGCCAGGUCAUCAAACACAGCCCGAUUUGCGGUUGCCAAUCUGGCUACACUGGCGAUCCGUUCACCAGAUGCUACCACCUACCUCCUCCUAAACCUGACGUAAUAAUCCCGACGAAUCCCUGCGUUCCGUCGCCCUGCGGACCCAAUUCCCUAUGCAGGGACAUCGGCGGCGCCCCGUCGUGUUCCUGCCUCGCCGAUUACAUCGGCAGCCCGCCGAAUUGCAGACCCGAAUGUACGAUCAACUCGGAGUGCUCGAGUAACUUGGCUUGCAUCAACCAGAAAUGCAGGGAUCCUUGUCCCGGAUCGUGCGGCUUCCAGGCGGUUUGCACCGUCACCAAUCACCUGCCGAUAUGCACUUGCAACGAAGGUUUCACCGGCGAUCCGUUCGCCUCGUGCCAACCUAAACCACCCGAACCGGCGAUUAUAGAAGAUCCUUGCAACCCGUCGCCUUGCGGAGCGAACGCUCGCUGCAACAACGGAAUUUGUGUUUGUAUCGAGGAGUACCACGGUGAUCCCUACGUGGGCUGCAGACCCGAAUGCGUGCUCAACAACGAUUGUUCGAGAAACAAAGCUUGCAUCAGAAACAAAUGCGUGGAUCCCUGUCCGGGUACAUGUGGACAAAACGCGGAAUGCUCCGUCAUCAAUCACAUACCGAGCUGUACUUGUUUGCAAGGUUUCGAAGGAAACGCCUUCGUCCUCUGCACGCCCGUCCCAGCUAAAACCCCGAAGAACCCGUGCAACCCGACGCCCUGCGGCCCGAACAGCCGCUGCAGGGAGAUCAACGAGCAGGCCGUUUGCUCCUGCGUGCCGGGCUUCGUGGGAUCCCCGCCCGCCUGCCGGCCCGAAUGCGUCUCCAGCUCCGAAUGCCCUCUAAACGAGGCCUGCGUGAACCAGAAAUGCAUCGAUCCUUGCCCCGGAACCUGCGGCUUGAACGCGUUAUGCCAGGUUAUCAACCACAACCCGAUAUGCAGCUGCAGGCACGGCCUGACCGGCGAUCCUUUCACCCGAUGCAUCCCGAUAAGAGAGGAAGCUGUGGCGGUGAAGCAGCCUUGCGUACCGUCGCCUUGCGGUCUCAACGCCCAAUGCAGGGAGAUCGGCGAUGCGCCGUCUUGUUCUUGUUUGCCGGAAUUUAUAGGAACCCCGCCGAAUUGCCGGCCGGAAUGCGUUAGUAACUCGGAAUGCGCCAAUCACUUGGCGUGCAUCAACCAGAAAUGCAAGGAUCCUUGUCCCGGUAUCUGCGGCUCCAACGCCGAAUGUAGAGUGGUCAGCCACACGCCCAACUGCGUGUGUCUUUCCAACUACGAAGGCAACCCGUUCGUGGAAUGUCGCGCUAAAAUCGAAAUUGUCCCCGUCGAGGUUCGAACUCCUUGUAUACCGUCGCCUUGCGGUAUAAACGCAGAGUGUAGGGAACAGAACGGAGCCGGAUCUUGCACGUGUUUGCCCGAUUUCAUCGGUAAUCCUUACGAGGGUUGCAGACCGGAGUGUUCGUUAAACUCCGAUUGUGCCUCAAAUAAAGCUUGCAUUAACAACAGGUGCAAGGAUCCUUGUCCUGGUAGGUGCGGAUUGAACGCCGAAUGCCAAGUCAUAAACCAUCUACCGGCCUGUAUUUGCAUCGCUGGUUUCACCGGUGACGCUUUCAAAUAUUGCGGUGUAGUACAAACGAUUAUCGAAGAAAAAUUGAACCCUUGCCAUCCCAGCCCGUGCGGUUUGAACAGCCAAUGUAGAGAAGUGAACGAACAGGCUGUGUGUUCCUGUUUGCCGGAAUACACAGGAAGUCCCCCGAAUUGUAGACCCGAAUGUACGGUGAGCUCCGAAUGUCCGCAAAACAAAGCGUGCAUCAAUCAAAAAUGCCGAGAUCCUUGCGCGGGAAUUUGCGGCCUGAACGCCAAUUGCCAAGUCAUCAAUCACAGCCCGAUUUGUAGCUGCCAGUCGGGUCACACCGGAGAUCCAUUCACCAGAUGCUACCACGUACCUCCUCCACCGCCCGAUGUAGCGAUUAUAGUAAACCCUUGCGCGCCCUCGCCCUGCGGCCCGAACAGCCGGUGUCGCGACUCCGGCGGAUUCCCGUCGUGCUCGUGCCUGGAGAACUUCCGAGGUUCACCGCCGAAUUGCCAGCCCGAGUGCACCAUCCACGCCGAUUGCCCCAGCGACUUGGCGUGCAUGCAGUUGAAUUGCAGGGACCCGUGCGCCGGAGCGUGCGGCGCUUUGGCAAUUUGCAACGUCGUCAACCACGUGCCCGUUUGUCUGUGCCCCGAAGGUUACACCGGAGAUCCGUUCGCGUAUUGCGUGAUUAAACCGCCGGAGGUGGUGCCCGUGGAGGUGGACGCCUGCAAAGCGCCUUGUGGACCCAACGCGUUGUGCAUCGAAGGAGUUUGUAGAUGCAACCCCGAGUAUCACGGGGAUCCUUACAGGGAAUGUAGGCCGGAGUGCGUGUUGAAUACCGAUUGCAACAGGAAUUUGGCUUGCGUUAACAACAAAUGUAAGGAUCCUUGUCCCGGUACUUGCGGCGAGAACGCCUCGUGUACCGUUUACAAUCACAUACCUACUUGUACUUGCAACGAGGGUUUCCGAGGGAACGCUUUCGUGCUGUGUACGCCGGUACCAGGUAAAUUGGUUAGGGUAAAUUUAGGGGCGAAUUCAUCGAGAGAGAUUGUUUUAGCGGAGUUGCCGAAACACCCGUGCAAUCCGACGCCCUGCGGUCCGAACAGCCAAUGUAAAGAAUCCAACGGACAGGCGAUUUGUUCGUGCGUACCAGGCUACCGGGGCUCCCCGCCGACUUGCCGGCCCGAGUGCGUUUCGAGCUCGGAAUGCGCUUUGGAUAGAGCUUGCCUCAACCAGAAAUGCAUCGAUCCUUGCGCUGGAGCUUGCGGUUUGAACGCCUUGUGCCAAGUCGUCAACCACAAUCCCAUAUGCAGCUGCGCUGUUAGACACACCGGAGAUCCUUUCGCUAGAUGCUCACCCAUUAGUAAGAACGCAAAGAAAUCUCCUUGUUACAAACUUAAUAAAACCCAAUUUUUAGUCGAACCGAUUGAAGUUAGAGAUCCUUGCAAUCCGUCGCCUUGCGGACCGAAUUCGCAAUGUAGACAAAUCAACGAAUCCCCGUCCUGUUCCUGCUUGCCGGAAUUCAUCGGAUCGCCUCCGAAUUGCCGGCCGGAGUGCGUUAGUAACAGCGAAUGCGCCAACCAUCUGGCGUGCAUCAACCAGAAAUGCAAGGAUCCUUGUCCCGGCAUCUGCGGCUCGAACGCCGAAUGUAGAGUGGUCAGCCACACGCCCAAUUGCGUGUGCAGCCAAAACUUCGUCGGUAAUCCAUUCGUAAGGUGCGACGCUCCUCGACCGGUUGUUGUGGAAACUACGAAUCCUUGCGUACCGUCGCCUUGCGGCGCCAACGCCGUGUGCAGGGAACUGAACAACGCCGGAUCCUGCGCUUGCCUGCCGGAUUAUAUCGGUAACCCGUACGAAGGGUGCCGGCCCGAAUGCGUGUUGAACUCGGAUUGUCCCUACGACAAGGCUUGCGUAAGGAACAAAUGCGAAAAUCCUUGUCCCGGUACGUGCGGUCAGAACGCCUUGUGUCAAGUCGUCAAUCAUUUGCCAUCGUGCAAUUGCUUGCAAGGUUACACCGGAGAUCCGUUCGUUUUCUGCUCGGUAAUUAGAGAAAUUGCGCCGAUUGAAGUUAACCCGUGUCAUCCUUCUCCGUGCGGACCGAACAGCCAAUGUAGGGAAGUGAACAAGCAAGGUGUUUGUUCUUGUUUGCCGGAGUAUUCCGGCAGUCCGCCGAAUUGUAGACCCGAGUGUACGGUGAGCUCCGAAUGCGCUCAAAACAGGGCUUGCUCUAAUCAAAAAUGCGUCGAUCCUUGUCCCGGAACGUGCGGUCUACACGCCGUAUGCACCACCAUCAAUCACAGUCCUAUCUGUAGCUGCCAGUCCGGUUACAACGGAGAUCCGUUCUCCAGAUGCUACCCCACACCACCACCGCCUCCGGAACCCGUGGAAAUCCAGAACCCUUGCGUACCGUCCCCGUGCGGUCCCCAUUCGAUUUGCCAGAACGUCAACGGAGUACCGUCUUGUUCUUGCGUAGCAACGUACGUGGGAACGCCGCCGAAUUGCCGGCCGGAAUGCGUUAUAAACUCGGAAUGCUCGAGCAAUUUGGCUUGCAUGAACCAAAAAUGCGGCGAUCCUUGCCCGGGAUCGUGCGGCGUACUCGCUCAAUGCAGCGUCAUCAACCACAUACCGGUUUGCACGUGCCUGGAAGGCUACACGGGCGAUCCGUUCACCAAUUGCCAUCCCAAACCUGUACCGGUCGAAGUCGAAAAGAACCCGUGCAAUCCGAGCCCUUGCGGCGCCAACGCUGAAUGCAACCAGGGUGUAUGUACGUGCUUGCCCGAGUACCAAGGAAAUCCUUAUCAAGGUUGUCGGCCGGAAUGUGUUUUGAACAACGAUUGUUCGAGAGAUAGAGCUUGCGUUAGGAACAAAUGCGUGGAUCCCUGUCCCGGUACUUGCGGACAAAACGCGGAAUGUACCGUCAUCAAUCACAUUCCGUCGUGUUCUUGUAGAAACGGUUACGCCGGUAACGCUUUUAUAUCCUGUCAACCGAUUCCAGUGGAAGCGCCUAAAAAUCCAUGCCACCCGUCGCCUUGCGGACCAAACAGCCAAUGCAGGGAGAUCAACAGCCAGGCGGUGUGUUCCUGCGUACCGGGUUACGUGGGUUCGCCGCCCACUUGCCGGCCGGAGUGCAUUUCCAGCACGGAAUGUCCGCUUAACAGGGCGUGCGUGAACCAGAAAUGCAUCGAUCCCUGUCCCGGAACGUGCGGCAUCAACACGAACUGCCAAGUGGUCAACCACAACCCGAUUUGCAGCUGCUUGAACCGAUACAGCGGAGACCCCUUCACCAGGUGUCUACCGAUCCGAGAAGAACCCGAUAGGAAACCUGCGGAUGCUUGUUACCCAUCGCCGUGCGGCCCGAACGCCCAAUGCAAGGACUCCAACGGCUCGCCGUCGUGCUCUUGCUUGCCCGAUUAUCAAGGCGCGCCGCCCAACUGCCGGCCCGAGUGCGUCAGUAACACCGAAUGCGCCAACCAUCUGGCGUGCGUCAACCAAAAAUGCAAAGAUCCUUGCCCCGGCAUCUGCGGCAUCAACGCCGAAUGCAGGGUCGUCUCGCACACGCCCAACUGCGUUUGCUCGUUGGGCCAUUCGGGCAAUCCGUUCGAACGGUGCGUACCAUCGGCUCCGGUACCAUCGGAGCAAAUCAAUCCGUGUUUCCCGUCGCCUUGCGGCGCUAACGCCGUGUGCAAGGAACGACACGGGGCCGGAUCGUGCGUUUGCAUACCGGAGUACAUCGGUAACCCGUACGAAGGAUGCCGACCCGAAUGUUCGAUCAACUCCGAUUGCCCUUCGAACGAGGCUUGCAUAAACAACAAAUGCAGAGAUCCUUGUCCCGGUACUUGCGGACUUAACGCCGAUUGCCAAGUCAUCAACCACUUACCGUCUUGUACUUGCUUGUUCGGUUACACCGGAGAUCCCUUUAAGUACUGUAGCGUUGUUAUAAUCGAGAAACCUCCACCACCAGCGAAUCCUUGCCAACCAUCACCUUGCGGUCCUAACAGUCAAUGUAGAGAAGUGAACGAACAAGCUGUUUGUUCUUGUUUGCCGGAGUAUUCCGGCAGUCCACCGAAUUGUAGACCCGAAUGUACUGUUAGCUCCGAAUGCGCGCUAAACAAAGCUUGCUUGAACCAGAAAUGUCUCGAUCCCUGUCCCGGAACGUGCGGUUUGAAUACAUUAUGUAACGUUGUUAACCACAAUCCGAUAUGCGCCUGUCAACCAGGCCACACGGGCGAUCCCUUCACCAGAUGCUACCCCACCCCAGCACCUCCGAAAGAAGCCCCCGAAACGAAGAACCCCUGUAUACCGUCCCCUUGCGGCGCGAACAGCCAAUGCAGGGACAUCAACGGCUUGGCUUCCUGCUCUUGCUUGCCGAGUUACCUCGGCAACCCGCCGAAUUGCCGGCCGGAAUGCGUGGUGAACUCGGAAUGCCCGAGCAACCUGGCGUGCAUCAAUCAAAAAUGCAAAGACCCCUGUCCCGGUUCCUGCGGUAUACGAGCCCUGUGCGAGGUGAAAAACCACAACGCGAUUUGUUUAUGCCCCGCCGGAUACACCGGCGACGCCUUUACCAGUUGCUCGCCCCUUCCGCCGCCUAAACCCGAACCGAAGGAUCCUUGUUAUCCGAAUCCUUGCGGCGCCAACGCGAAAUGCAACGAAGGCGUAUGCGAGUGCUACGCCGAAUACCGCGGCGAUCCUUACCAGGAAUGCAGACCCGAAUGUUUGGUGAAUCAGGAUUGCCCGCGGGACAAGUCCUGCGUAAAUCGAAAGUGUCGCGAUCCUUGUCCCGGCACUUGCGGUCAGAACGCCGAGUGCGCCGUAUUCAACCAUUAUCCUUCUUGCAAUUGCCCGGAAGGUUACUCGGGAAAUCCGUUUGUGUUGUGUACGAAAAUAGAAAAACCUCCGCCGAGUAAUCCUUGUUACCCGUCGCCCUGCGGAUCGAACAGCCAAUGUAGGGAUGUUAACGGUCAGGCUAUAUGCAGUUGCUUGCGUGGUUACGUCGGUUCCCCUCCGGCUUGUAGACCUGAAUGCGUUUCGAGCUCCGAAUGCGCUCUAAACCAAGCUUGCGUCAAUCAAAAAUGCAUCGAUCCCUGUCCGGGAACGUGCGGCAUCAAUUCCCUCUGCCAAGUGGUGAACCACAACCCCAUUUGCACCUGCCCCGAACGGUACAGCGGCGAUCCGUUCAUACGAUGCCAACUCGCCAUCGUUGUCGAAAAAACGGAACCGCCACGACCUUGCGCUCCGUCCCCUUGCGGCCUGUACGCUCAAUGUGAACCAACCCCCGCCGGUAGCGCCACGUGCGCCUGUCUACCGGGCUACGUCGGCGCCCCGCCCGCCUGUAGACCCGAAUGCCGCGUGAACGGCGACUGCUCCAAACAACUGGCGUGCAUUAACAACAAAUGCAAGGAUCCCUGUCCCGGGUCCUGCGGACUGAACGCCCGCUGUCUCGUCGUCAAUCACGUACCCAACUGCGUGUGUACAGACGGCUACGAAGGAGACCCCUUCGCCGACCCUUGCAGGCCGUCGCCUUGCGGCGCGAACGCCAUCUGUCGCGCGGAAGGGAAGUACGCGGUGUGCACGUGCCUGCCGGAGUACCACGGCAAUCCGUACGAGGCCUGCAGGCCGGAGUGCCUGUCGAACGCCGACUGCCAGAUGAACAGGGCUUGCAUCAGGAGCAAGUGCUCGGAUCCGUGUCCCGGCACCUGCGGCGUCGGCGCCGAAUGUUUCACCACCAACCACGUGCCGGUGUGUACGUGCCCCGAGAAGUAUACGGGAGACGCUUUUAGAUUAUGCACGCCCGUUAUAGAACCACCGCCUAGAGACCCAUGCAAUCCCAGCCCGUGUGGAAUAAACACUGUAUGCAAGAAAUCCGGAAACACAGCGAUCUGCGACUGCCUACCAGGGUUCUUCGGAACGCCGACGGCAGGCGGUUGCCGACCGGAGUGUACGAUCAGCGCCGAUUGCGACCGGAACCGGGCCUGCUUGAACCAGAAAUGCGUGGAUCCUUGUCCGGGCGUCUGCGGUUUCGCGGCCAUUUGCCACGUAAUCAACCACAGUCCGGUGUGCAGUUGCCCCGAACCGCUCGUCGGCGAUCCGUUCACGCUGUGCAGGGAACCGCCGAAGACCGAGGAACCCCGAGACCCCUGUCACCCGUCUCCUUGCAACGGCAACGGCCACUGCCUCACGGUGAACGGAGCGGCGACUUGCACCUACCCCGAGUGCAUCAUCAACCAGGACUGUCCGCGCGAUAAAGCCUGCUACGCUCAGAAAUGCAGAGAUCCUUGUAGAGGAGCGUGCGGUAUCAACGCCUUAUGCCAAGUGGUGAACCACCAAGCGAUCUGCACGUGCCCGUCGGGCUACGUAGGCUCGCCCGAAGUGCAAUGUUUCGUACCGGACAGUCCCAAACCCAAAGUGGAAUGUACGCAGGACUCCGAUUGCACCAACGACAAAGCUUGCUUCAACAACAGAUGCUCCGAUCCUUGUAGACCCGGUCUGUGCGGCCAAAACGCCGAUUGUAGACCGCAACUGCACAGGGCCGUGUGCACUUGCAGGGACGGUUACACCGGCAACGCGCAGCACGUUUGCUUCGAAAUAGGCUGUCGCUCCGAUUCGGAAUGCGCCCCGACGCAGGCGUGCGUCAACAAGGAAUGCGUGGAUCCCUGCCUGUUCGUCUCCUGCGGCUUGAACGCCCAAUGCAGGGCCGACUACAACCACAAGGCGAGGUGCCACUGUCCGAGCAACUUCCGCGGAGAUCCGUACGUGAGAUGCGAACGACCGGAAUGCACCGGCGACGAUGAAUGCCCCUACAAUUUGGCGUGCAAAAACGAACGUUGCUACGAUCCGUGCAACUGCGGCGCCGGCGCCCUUUGCGCCGUUUACAACCACCGGCCGCAGUGCUCCUGUCCGCCCGGCUACACCGGCAACCCGCUCAGCGCCUGCAAGAUCGAAGCCAUCGAAGAACAACCAGAAUGCAAAGCGGACGCCGAUUGCCCCAAGAAACUGGCCUGCUUCGGCGGCGUUUGCAAGAAUCCCUGCUACGAAACGCACCCUUGCGGUAAGAAUACGGAAUGCACGGUCGUCGACACCUUACCGUUGCGCACCAUGUCUUGCAUGUGUUUGCCCGGUUACGUGGGAGACGCCGAUAUCGAAUGCAGAUUAGAACCUCAACAACAACCGGGUUGCAAGAGCAACUCCGAUUGCUCGCCGACCGAGACUUGCGUCAACAGGCAAUGCGCGAAUCCGUGCUCGAUCGGCGGUUCGCCUUGCGCAGCCAACGCCGAAUGCUCGCCGAUCAACCACCGAGCGACCUGCAAGUGCCCGGCCGGUUUGCUGGGCGAUCCGUCGUACAAGUGCUACGCGCCGCCGCAAUCGCGACCCGAAUGCAAAUCGGACGCCGAAUGCCCCAACGACAAGUCGUGCGUAAACCAACGCUGCCAGGAUCCCUGCGCACUGUCCGAUCCCUGCGGAUCGCACGCCGAAUGCCGGACGACCUUCCAUCGACCCACUUGCUCCUGUCCCAGAGGUUGGUUGGGUAAUCCGCAGAUCGUCUGUUACAAACCUGAAUGUACAUCGAACGACGAUUGCCCUUACGACAAAACGUGCAUAAACGAAUACUGCCAGAACCCGUGCAACUCGCUGUCCUGCGGCAGAGGAGCCGAAUGCUCGGUGCAGAAGCACAUCGGUCAAUGCAGGUGCCCUGCGGGCACGCAAGGCGACCCGCUCAUCUCCUGCAUAACGGGCGUAUGCCACUACAACGAGGACUGCGCCGAUCACGAAUCCUGCGAUCGAUUGAACAGAGUAUGCAGGCCCGUCUGCGACGAAGACACGUGCGCCGAGGGCGCCACUUGCAGAGGGCUGCAACACCAGCCGAAAUGCUCCUGUCCCGUCGGCACCACCGGCAACCCGUUCGUCAAAUGCUUGGGCAUGCUGCCGGAGCCGGGUUGCAGGAUCGACGCGGAAUGCCCGUCGCAGUUCGCUUGCAUCAACGCCAGGUGCGCGAAUCCUUGCGCAACCGAGAACGUUUGCUCCAUAGACCAGGAGUGCAUCAUCCAAGACACGUUGCCUUUGAGGACGAUCCUGUGCCAAUGUCCGCCGGAGACCAUGGUGGACGCUUCGGGUCGUUGCGUGCGCGUGUCGCAGAUCAAACCGCAAUGCGUGAUCGAUUCGGAGUGCGACGACAGGGAGAAAUGCAUCGGCGGUUCUUGCUUGGACGCUUGCAGGGUGGACAGAUGCGGCGUGAACGCCAUAUGCCUGUCGAGGAACCACCAAGCUGUGUGUAGCUGCGCGCCUGGUUAUACCGGUAACGCGCGCUACGAAUGCACGAAUGUACCGAAAGGAAUCAUCGAAGUUAUACCGCCCGAAUGUUACGCAGAUAAGGAAUGCACGUUGGAUAAAGUGUGCAGAAACGAAAGAUGCGUGAAUCCUUGCGUAUACGACAACGAAUGCGCUCCUACGGCUUUCUGUUCGGUCAGAAAUCACCAGGCCAGUUGCAGAUGUCCCGAUGGAUACGACGGUAAUCCGACCGUAGACUGCAUAGCUCCCGUCGGUCCGACCGUCGGAUGCUCCUCGAACUCGGACUGCCCGAAAUCCGAAUCGUGCAUCAACCGCCUGUGCGCGAGCCCCUGCAACUGCGGCCCGAACGCCGAAUGCAAAGUCAUCGAUCACUACCCGACCUGCUCCUGCCGACCGGGCUACUCGUCCGACGCCCAGCUGGGCUGCGUCCGGCUCGAAUGCCGAUCGGACGACGAAUGCGCCGACGACCAUCGAUGCUACAACGGCCAGUGCCUCAAUCCGUGCGUGCUGAACAACCCGUGCGCCCGCAACGCCGAAUGCUUCGGCCAGCGACACCGCCCCACCUGCAGGUGUCAUCCGGGCUUCGAAGGCAACGCGUUGGUCGCGUGCGAGCGCGUCGAGUGUCGCGCCGACAACGAUUGCCCGUCGAACAGGGCGUGCAUCGACCGACGCUGCGUCGAUCCGUGCUCGUCGAUCGCGAAUCCGCCGUGCGCCAGCAACGCCGUUUGCUACGUGCAAAACCACGUGGCCGGCUGCCUGUGCCCGCCCAACCUGCCCGACGGCAACCCGUUGUCCUACUGCGGCCCGAGGCGCAUCGAGGGCAAGGCGGAGUGCAACUUCGACAUCGAUUGCCCCAGCCGGUUGGCUUGCAUCGCCGAGAGAUGCGUCGAUCCGUGCGGCGUCCUGGCGCCCUGUCAUCCGACGGCGCGAUGCGCCGUUGCCGACACCACGCCCGUCAGAACUAUGACUUGCACGUGCCCGGAGGGAUGGGUGCCCGACGAGAACGGAGAGUGCCACGCUGUUAUUGUACCCAUACCACCGGGUUGUACCAGCGACGACGAUUGCUCGGAUAAGGAAGCUUGCAUCAACAGAUUGUGUACGUCACCGUGCGAUUGCGGUUCGAACGCGAAUUGCCACGUCCAGAACCACCGAGCGGUGUGCUCUUGUCGCGAGGGACACGAAGGCAAUCCGAACAUAGCCUGUCACGCCGUCGGCUGUCGCGCCGAUUCCGAUUGCGACUUCGGCAAGGCGUGCAUCAACGGCAACUGCGUGGACCCGUGCCUGGUGCGCGACGAUUGCGGCAUCAACGCCGAAUGCUUCGUCUACCAGAACCGAGCCGAGUGCCGGUGCAUCAGCGGCUACAGGGGCGUGCCCACCGACAGAUGCUUGCCGAUCGGUUGUCUGUCGAACGGCGAUUGCCCGGGCGACAGGCAGUGCAUCAACGCGCAAUGCAUCAAUCCCUGCGUGUACGACAACCCGUGCUCGCCUCGGGCCGAGUGCACCGUUCACAACCAUCUAGCCGUAUGCAGAUGUCCGCUGGGUUUCAGAGGAAACCCGUACGUCAGUUGCGAACACGAACCGCAGCCGGAGUGUAGAACGGACGGCGAUUGCCCGUCGAGAUUGGCCUGCUUGAACAACGUGUGCCGGAAUCCCUGCGAGGCGUUGGAGCCGUGCCGCAGGCCGGCCGAAUGCCGCGUCGUGGGAACCUUGCCCGUCAGAACGAUGAUAUGCGUGUGCCCGCCGGGUUACAUCAGCUCGGGCAGCGGCACGUGCAAUCCCGUCACCGCCAUAACGGCGGCUUGCAUAUCGGACGGCGAUUGCCCGUCGAACAAGGCUUGUUUCAACGGCAUUUGCAGGAACCCGUGCAACUGCGGACCGAACGCCGAAUGUAGGAUUAAAGACCACAAGCCGAUUUGUACUUGCAAGCAAGGCUUCGACGGUAAUCCGGAAUUGGAGUGCAGGAGAAUCGGUUGUAGAGCGGAUAGCGAAUGUUCCACCCAUCACACGUGCAUCAACAGGCAAUGCGUUCCCGUUUGCGCCGCCGACGGUUCGUCCUGCGGCGACGAGGCGGUGUGUUACGGCUACAAUCACCGAGCCGUUUGCGAAUGCCCGCCAGGCCUCAAGGGCAACCCGAGAGUGUCCUGUAACAUCGUAGGCUGUCGAGUGGACUCCGAUUGUCCUGGAACCAGGGCGUGCAUCAACAGCAGAUGCGAAUUACCCUGCGCCGUAGCGAAUCCUUGCGACGCCUUGGCCGAAUGCAAAGUUUACAAUCACGUGGUUGAAUGCAUUUGCCCGCCGGGCACCGUUAGCGACGGUAAAACUGGUUGUAUCAGAAGAGAGGAGAAAUGCAGGAUGGACUGGGAUUGUGCUUCGCAGUACGCCUGCAUCGGUGGUGAGUGCGUGCAUGCUUGCAACACCACGAAACCGUGCGGAGUCAACGCGGAAUGUCACGUAAUAGACACCAAACCGGUUAGAACGAUGAUAUGCAUCUGUAGACCGGGCUAUCAAGGUAACCCGGCCGUACAAUGCGAUCCAAUCGCUAGAUGCCCGAUAGACAGAGGUUACGUCCUGACGGCCGACGGGAAAUGCGCGUGCGCGCCCCACUUGGCGCUCAACGAGAACGACGAGUGCAUCCCCUGUCCGGUGGAGAAGGGCCUGAAGAUCGACGAGCGCGGUCGCUGCGUGUGCGCCCUGGAAAAGGGCCUCAUCAUCGACGAGAGGGGCAACUGUAUUUGCCCCAUCGAAUUCGGCUACCACUUCGACGCCCGAGGCAAUUGCGUGCCGGACGCCGGGCCGGAGUGCCAGCGGGACGACGACUGCCCCGAUCACAAGUACUGCAACCAGAACACGAAGACGUGCGAUCUCGCCUGCUCGUUGAAGCACUGCGGCGUCAACGCCUUCUGCAACGCCACCAAUCAUUUGGGUCGGUGCCAGUGCAUCAGCGGUUACGUCGGAAACGCCGACAUUCUAUGCAACCAAACUACUUACUACAAAACGGACUUCCCGCGACCCGAGCUGACGGUCAAUUGCCUAUCGGACGGCGUACAAGUCGAAAUAAUCCUCUCCGAAAUCGGCUUCAACGGCAUCCUGUACGUGAAAGGCCACAGCAAGGACGAGAAAUGCAGACGAGUCGUGUCCAUCGACACCGGCGAACGAAUCGAAUACUUCAAAGUACAUUUCGGCGAAUGCGGAUUAAUUCACGUAAACGGAGAAGCCAGUUUCGUGCUGGUGAUCCAGAAACACCCGAAACUAGUAACGUACAAAGCGCAAGCGUACCACAUCAAGUGCGUGUACCACACCGGCGAGCAGAACGUCACGUUGGGCUUCAACGUGUCGAUGUUGACGACGGCGGGCACCAUAGCGAACACCGGCCCGCCGCCCACGUGCCUCAUGAAGAUCGUCACGCCCACCGGCGAGGAGAUAAACUCGGCGGAAAUCGGCGAUAAUCUCAUGCUGCAGGUGGACGUCCAGCCGGGCUCGAUCUACGGCGGCUUCGCCAGGAGUUGCGUGGCCAAGACGAUGGAGGACAACGUCGAGAACGAGUACAUCGUCACCGACGAGAACGGCUGCGCCACCGAUCCCACCAUAUUCGGCGAAUGGGAGUACAAUCCGGACACGCAGAGUUUACUGGCCAGUUUCAACGCCUUCAAGUUCCCCAGCAGCGACAACAUCAGGUUCCAGUGCAACAUCAGGGUGUGCUUCGGUCGAUGCCAACCCGUUAAUUGUCGAGGUUACAACGCUUUCGGUAGAAGGAAGAGAGCUGUUGAAGCUUCCGACGAUGAAAACGGUACCGAAUUAGCCUUAGGCGGGGAACUACUAGCUGGACAAUUGAGAGAAGAAAUCACCAUAGAAUCGAAUGCCAUAUUGACUUUAGAAAAACGAGAAGAAAAAUACCCCGACUCGCAAACUGCGGCGAAUGCUCAACGUUCGGAAGACAUUUGCGUGUCGAUGAUCGGCUUUAUCAUCGCGCUGAUAAUCACUGCCCUGCUGGCCUUGGUCGCCGUCGCCAUAGCGGUGUCCUGCUGGCUGAUGGCCUACCGUCGCAGGCCGAAGUCGACGGGACCGCUGCCGCAUCCGCCGGAGUUUCCUAAUCCGCUGUUCACCACUCCGGAGCCGAUGGCGGAGCCGAGUCCAGACUACCUCACGUAAACUGCGAAUGUUUUUUUAUUUUAUUAUUUUUUUUAUUGUUUUAUUAGCCUCAAUACUCUUCGAUCGUUCGUUCGAACGAACGAACGAUAAAUACUCGAACGUUGUAAAGAAAAAUCGAUAAUCCGCAAUGAUUCGGUUAGCUUCCGAUUGAAUCCGUCCCAACGCUGCUCACUUUUACAUUGUAUACUGCCGAUUGAGGAAGCGCCGGUCUUGCGGAGGAUAUAGCGAAUAUGCUUUAUGUUUUAGUUUAUGAAAAUGUGUACGAUAUUGUUGCCCAAUCGUGCCGUUUUCGUGCACAUUUUUAACUAUCUUUUCCAUCGGCUGCGAUUAACCAGUGUUCUCUCGUUAUUAAAAGGGAAAAAUCGGUGGUGGUUUUGUUUAAAGAAACGCUCUAAGCAUUAAAAAUUAUCUCGACUCUCUCUCUAUCUUUUAUUAAGUAUUGAAUUAAACUAAUCUUUUGUAAAUAUCGACAGUUUUCCCAAUAUUUUUGGCAGCCUUUGGAAGACGUGGAAUGUAUUUUUUAAGCUAGUUAAGUAUAUAAAUAAUUAUUUCUUUGAGAAUGUAUAAAGUGUAUGAAUGAAAAUAUCGAAUGAGGAACAAUUGCGAAUUGCUCCGGAUUUUUUGAAGUGAUAAUUUCGUUAUGGAAAUGGAUAAGGAGAGUCUAUGAAAAUCGGAAUAAUUAGGAGGAAGUUAUCACUUCUAGCGUCAUUGUACGCACAUUUUUUUUUAUAAUGGUGCUGACUGAUUUUUUUAUUUUUUACUCGAAGCAGUCAAACUUUUAGUCAAAUCGAUUUAUAGUACCUAUAAUAAUUUAUAUAAGUCGACCAGUAAUUUAACGAAAAUUUGCAUUUUGUAUUUAUUUACAACGAAUCUCUUGUUUCUCUUCUAUACAUGUAUAAUUUCGAUUACGUGACGCUAUUUAACUAAUUCAAUUUAUUUAUAUCGUCCUAUUUUGUGUAAAACGACUCUAACGAUAAUUUCAUAAAAAUUGUCAUUUUGUGAUAAUCGCUUCUUUUAAUAAAAAUGAUUGUUUAAUAAAAAAAAAAACACCGGUCUUUUAAUUAAUUCAAAACCAACCUACGUACUCGAAACGAUCCUAUCUAUAUCCUCCUGCAUCCCGCUAUUCUUCAACAUGGCGAAGAACUGCCCGCGGGGAUUCCCCAGCAGCGCCCUCGGCGUAUCGAACUCCUCGACGGCGCCCCUGUUCAACACCAGCACCUUGUCGCAGUCCAAGAUCGAGUCCAGCCGAUGGGCGAUCACGAUCAACGUGCAACUGGAGAAGUUCUCGUCGAUGAUCUUCUGCGCCACGCGCUCCGUCUCCGGGUCCAUGUUGGCCGUCGCCUCGUCGAGCACCACCACCUUGUUCUUCCUGAUGAUGGCCCGGGCCAGGCACAUCAGCUGCCGCUGGCCCGUGCUGAACUUCAGCUCGUUGAUUUGCGUGUCUAAGGCGGGCACGGCGCCGUCCAGGUGGACCUUGUGCAGCGUCUUCCACACCUCCUCGUCGGUGAAGGUCUCCAGCGGGUCGACGUUGCUGCGCACGGUGCUCGAGAAUAUGAUCGGAUCCUGCGGUAUGAUCGAAAUGUGCUGGCGCAGGAACGUAGAGGAGAUCUUCUUCACGUCGGUACCGUCUAUGUGUAUGUCGCCUUCGAAGUCGUACAGUUUGAACAAGACGGAAAUGAGCGAGGAUUUUCCGGCUCCGGUUCUUCCCACUACGCCUAUCUUACUUCCGCCUUUAAUCGCCAAGUCGAUGCCUUUCAAUACUCUGUCGUCGGAGUUUGCGUAUCGCAGCGACACCUUUUUGAAGACGAUUUCGCCGCGCCUCGGCCAAUUCUCGGGUUCCGAACCGGUUUUCUCCUCUUUCUCUACGGUCGUGUACUCCAUGGCUCUUUCGAACGACGUCAUGUUCUUCUCCACCUCCGACCAGACCAUCAAACCGCCUUGGAUGAUGCCGCUGAGCAUUCCCGCUUGGGUUAGAGUCAAGCCCACGUCGCCCGUGUUGGAUCCCGUGUCGAAAAACAGGAAUCUAAUGACGACUGAUAGCCAGAAGAAUAAGGAGGCGAUGUCCAUGGCGAAGGCGAAAGCUCCUUUGAUGCACACCGAGGAAUAGAAAGCGCUCGAGUACAAAUCUUGGUGUCUGUCGAACUCGUCUUUCAGAAUAUCCUGAGCCUUGUAGGCUCUGAUCGUCGUCAGGCCGUCCAUGGUGGAG